GCAUGAUCUGAAACAAGCACCUCGGAAAAAAAAAAAAACCAGAGCAACAAUGACAGGUGAGUGCAUUGAAUGCAAUGCUGUGCAGUUAUAACAUUUGGAUAAAGUUACUAUGGCAGGUGAAUGCAUUUAACGUAGUGCUGUAAAGUACGUGCUACAGGAUCAAAGGAGGCAUUAUAGGAGAUACUUUACUGGUGAAUAUUGUGUAGCUAGGAGCAUGUGGAGACCACAUCACCAUCAGUUAAAUUAAAAUGUAUUGCUGUAGAAUUCCCAGGUGUAUUAAGUCGAUCAUUUGGUACACAGUGAGGACAAGAGGAAAAUAUGCAAUAUUCUAGAUCUAAUGGGAUGGAUUAAUGGAACAGACAAACAAACAAACUUAAAGCAUUUAUAAAAGUAUACAUACAUGUUUAAUGUGGAACUGUCACUUCUGAUUCCUUCCUUUAUGUCUUUUCCUGCACUUCCUAUUUCCCUCCUAGAUAAAAAUGUAUCUAGGAAAAAUGAACAUCAUUCCAGUUGAUUUUUAAUAUAAACAUAUAGACAUUAGUUUACUACUCUCUUUCUCGUGUAGUUCUGUUAACCUAGUGCAAACAUGUGGACAGCUUUUUUCAUAAAAUAAUCUAAUUUUCUUCAUGGAUCUAUCAGAGCUACAAAAUCGUUAAAUGCUGGCUGAGGGAAAUGGGUACAGAUGGCAUAUAAAGCUGUCUAAAGCCUUAGCACAGGGGUAGGCACAUCUUUGACACUUCAGAUGGUGUGGACUAAAUCUCCCAUAAUGCUUAGUUAUUGUUUAAAUGGUGGAGGUGUAGAAACAUAUUAAAAUUUUUGGGAUCUAUAGAUUUAUUUAUUCCAUUGAUUAAUAAAUAGAAGAAAACUCCAUUGAUUGCUUAUAUAUUACCUUUUUUAAAACACUUACAACUGCCUCUUUAAAAAAAAAUGAAAUGUCUCAAUAUAGGAUAUUUUGACUAUAAGUAUUUAAUAUUAGUCAGUGGUGGAACUACUGUCACAGAGGUCGAAACUGCGACCGGGCCCGUCACUCCAGGGGGUCCAGCUGCCCUGUUGAACCUGCUGAUUCCUGCAUGCAGCCAGUGGCAGAACUACAAGGGCUGAUGAGACUGGGCCCGCUGUGUUCCGCCUCUCAUGGAGGUCCAGGAGCUGGCUGGUUAGCCACCCUAGGGUCCUCCAGUAGAAGGCCGGUUGUUUACCAAGGCAGAGUAGGGACCUGUGCCAAAAUACAGUGUUUCCGGGUAAGGGCUGUAACCGGUGUGGAAGUUGUCAUCUUCUUGAUCUCCCUCGUGCGCCCUGCUGUGAUGUCAGGACCCGGGCUUAUGACGUCACCCUGGCCCCGUCAUCACUAAACAGUAGUGAGGGAGCAGUGAGGAAGAUCAAGAUGAUUAAAGCUUUCAAAGGACCACAGGGAGAGGACCUACUGGAUCCCAGGGAAAGGAGGGCAAACACCAGCUCUCCCAAGGGUAGGGAGGCUGAAUGGGCCUCAAAAUAAAAAAAAAACAAGCAAACUAUAAUUUAAAUUAAUUUGUGUGAGUGCGUGAGAGAAUGUGAAUGUGUGAGUGUAUGUCAGUGAGAUUAUAAUUGAGAGUGUGUGUCUGUCAAUGUGUGUGAAAUGAGUGAGUGUGUGUCAGCGAGAGUGUGUGUUUGUCAGGGGGUCAAAUCAACAGAAGUGUAUUUGUCAGUGUGUGUCAAAUCAGUGAGAGUGUGUUUGUCAGUGUGUGUCAAAUUAGUGAGUGUGUGUGUGUCAAUGUGUGUGUCUGUCAGUGUAUGUCAAAUCAGUGAGAGUGUGUCAAAUCAGUGAGAGUGUGUGUCAAAUAAGCAAAAGUGUGUGUUUGUCAGCGAGAUUGUGUCUGUUGGUGUACAUGUAUUUGAGAGUAUGUGUCUGUCAGUGGAAAUGUGUAUGUCUGUCAUUGAAAACGUGUGGUGGUUAAACAGUGUGUGUGCUAAAGGCAGCAUGUCUUCCAUAGUGUAUCAUUGUGUAUCAGUGAGAGUGCAAGAAGAGGGGGGGGGGUGGGGCGCUUCUUUGAUUCUUGCACUAGGACUUUUUAAACUCCUAUUUACACUCCUGAUAUCUGAUAUUAGUGUAAAUUUGGUAGCACCACUUUAAUUCUUGCUUUAUUAGUUUACAAAACAUGCUGUUAGCUUUCUUUUAUUGACAAUCACAUUUCUGAAGUUACUAUUUUAUUUAUUUACUUUCCUUGGAUUUUAUAAUAUCAUUAUCUCUGGCACUUUACAGAGAUAAGUGAUUUUACAAGAUUGUCAUUAAAAGGAAACAUUUGUACUGGUGGAAUCAGGUUACACUUUAAGGAGACAGUUGCGAUCUUGAACAGAGCAAUUGAUAAAACUUGGAGAAUUGUAGCCCAUGGAACAGCGCAGCUAAGUGGAAUGGGCCUUGACAUGGUUAGGAGACAGGCAUAUGAGGUGUUAAUGUGAGGGUUUGGCUAUAGAAAGUGGGGGCGGGGUUUUAGAUUAUGGAAGUAUAUAUAGCGGCCAUUUUUGAACAAGGGCCAUCUUAAUUAAUCCUCACUUACCUAUUUUGUCCCACCCUCCUUCCCUUUAAGUAGGUUUUGGAUCCCGUAUGGUCACGGCGGCGGGAGAUGGAUAAAAAAGUUUGGGUGUAGGUUGUCUGUCCAGAUGUAACAUAGUUUAGUUCGCUAAGAACUAUUAGGUUUGGUUAGAUUUUGUUUUGUUGAGCUCGUUGGUAGCUCCGAACCUGGUGUGUGUAGGGUGUAUCUUGGUAUACCCCUACAAGGUGGAACAUGGUAAAUCAUGCCCUCGGUGGCAAUGGUUUAAGUGGUUAGAUGUUAUUUAUGUUAAUAUUUGUGAAUAAAUACAUUUUGGGUUCUAUCUCUAUUUCAGAUUAAAAUACAGAGAAGCAGAUUUUCUUGCCUAUCCAUCUGCCGAUAACAGAAAUGAUAUCAUGAAACAUUUACCUUGGUGACUUAAUCAGCACAUUAUGUUUGACCAUAAUUUAGAUUUUUUUAUGAAAAAUCCAUGGGACUCUACAUAUCUCUGUAUAUGUGUAUUAGCUGAGUUAAUGUUCAUAUUAGCUAUUCAUAAAUACUUUCUACUUGCUUGCAUUCCUAACUAACUAUAGUGCUUAAAAAGAUAAUCCUUAAACAUCCUCCCAAUAGGGGUAGGUCCAGGUGAAGCUGGUUUGUGCUCCUCGUGUAAUGUCAGACAUGCAUAUGCAUAGUUUACAUGUCUUUAUAUUUAAUCAUCUUCUGCUCUGAGUAUGGAACAAAGUCUAUGUGUGCAGGAUUUUUUUUUUACUAUUACUAUUAUACGGUAAAAGUUGGGGAAGACAGAUGGUAAAUAUAUGAUAGGGUGAUGAGAGAGUUAUAGAAGAGGAGAAGUGAAGUUAUAAUAGAGGGUAAUGAGUAGACGAAGGGGAGUGUGGAGAGAGGGCACAUUGCCCAUCGGCAUUAAUAUAUAUCUGAAACAUAGCAAGAUAUUUAACCGCAGUUCAUCAGAUAAAAAAACACCAUUAUUCUAAAAUGCCCAUAUAUGUUGAGGUUAUUCCUAGACUUGUGUGUUCAGUUUUUAAAUUAUUUCUGAUUUGUCUAAAUCUUGAUUGGUGAGCCAUCCACAUUCUGGAACUCUGAAUCACAAUAUAUCUGAAUCAUGGAACAAAUGAAAUGAGGAAUAAACGAGUGGUGUUAUUCCAUCUGUGGUGCCAAAAAAUUGAUGGGAAAAAAGACGAUUGAUGAUUAGGGAGCAGCAACUAAAUAUUUAUUUUAGUCAUCAAAUGAGAAGUGACCAAUAGAGAGGGAAAGAAGUAGCAGUAAUUAAAAUUUAUACAUUUAAUAAAAAUAUAAUAAAUAAAUAUAUAAUUAUAGAUUUUUUCUGUUUCUCCAUUUUUUCUUUUUUUAAAUUUAUAUUUUAUUGGGUUUGUACACAAGGCAUACAAUAUUUUGUUCAACUGGGGUUUGUAGAAGCAAUAUAAAGGAUAACAUGCUUGGUAUGGGUAGGUAUAUGCAAAUAAGGAGUGCCAUACAGUGCUAUCUACAGCAAAGGAAAACAUUGUGUGUGGUAUCUCUGGUAUUGCUGUGUUCGUCGGUGUGGGGUAGGGAAAUAGCGGUGACACAUUAUGUAUUUCUCCACUGGCAGAGAAGGAACUCAGCAGUAUCACUUAGUGAGGAUGUCAUCUUCUAGGAGUUGCAGUCUCGUAAGUGUUCAUGAUCUAUCAGAGAUCCUGCGGAUCUUCUUCACAUUCAGUCCCCUGUAUGACUGUGGGUGUCCUGCAGGGCCCGGUUUUGCUGUUGGCUUUGGUUCUAUGGUCUCCGUAUCCUUAUGAUGAUUGGCUGACAGCCCGAGGGUUUGGAGAAAUGGCUGGGGAUCACCUGAGGAGAGGGUUAAGGUGUCCUUCCCCCGAGGUCCCACCAAUGAGCUUCCCAUAUCCCAUCAGUAUUUGUUUGGCCACCUGAGACAGGUUCCUCUUUUCCGCAAGAACUUGAAAAGGUAGGUUGCUGUAAAUCGAGAUUGAGUGUCCCUCAGAAGGCACCAUGCCCAUCUCUCUGGAGCGUUUUAUUAUUGCACUAUGGAUGGUUAUGUCUGUAGUUACGGCAAAGAUAUCCUGUUUCUGGGGCUGUCGCUGACUUCCAUACUUGGAAGGUUGCCUUUAUGUGGGGGGUUUCAGGGCUGUCUGUAAUGCCCAUAGCGGUUAUUAUCUUCCGCAUGGUUAAGAGCAGGACAUCAUCCCCUACCCUCUCUGGGACCACUCUCAAGUGGACAUUUUGGCGGCUGUGUCUGGAUUCCAGAGUAAGCACAGGGGAUUCCCUCUCUGCCUCGGAGUCCUCUGAGAUCUCCGGGCUGCAUCGAGACUCUCUCCCCUAGCAUUCCUAUCUCUUUAUAUCAUUUUCCUCGCUUGUAUCCCUUUUCCUUUUUUUUUGUCCAUUCUUUGUGGGUCCCUCUUUCCAUAUCCCCUACCCUACUUACAUCUCUCUCUCUAUAUAUACCACUUAUGUUCCUGUGCCCAUAUCACCCUCCUCUCCCACUUGUAACUCUCUAUUCAUAUCUCUCUUUGUCAACUUUGUGUCUUUGUUCCAGUGGCAAUUGGUAAGAUUUUAAGAUGGUAGUAGCGGACACCGUUAACAGAAGCAACAAUCAUUACAGAUUAAAACAGCUUAAAAUCAGAAUCAGAUCAGUCUUCAGAGUUACAGUCCCAGUCAUGCAGUUUGAAGCUUCACAACAUUUCAACUAGCCACAGCAUGAGUGUCUCCGACAGGGCCAAACUAGGAAAAAAAUUCAGUCUGGGCAUUUUUUAGUCACAGUGGCCCAGUGAGAAGAGGUGCUGUGUGUGAGAGUCGCUGUGUGUGAGGGGUGCUGUGUGUAACGGAAGUGCUGUGUGUGUAAGAGGUGCUGUGUGUGUAAGAGGUGCUGUGUGUGUGAGAUGUGCUGUUUGUGUGAGAGAGGUGCUGUGUGUGAGAGAGAGGUGCUGUGUGUGUGAGAGAGGUGCUCUCACACUGUGUGUGUGAGAGAGGUGCAGUGUGUGAGAGAGGUGCUGUGUGUAAGAGAGGUGCUGUGUGUGAGAGAGAGGUGCUGUGUGUGAGAGAGAGGUGCUCUGUGUGUGUGAGAGGUGCAGUGUGUGAGAGAGGUGCUGUGUGUGUGAGAGGGGUGCUUUGUGUGUGUGAAGGGUGCUGUGUGUGUGUGAGGGGUGCGGUGUGUGAGAGGUAAGAAUGUGCAUGGGCAAAAAAAUUGGUUCGGUUCAGUUCAGAAAUUCGGGUAAGUAAUAACAUUUGUCUCCUUCAGCAAUUCCGACCAAUGGCAUUCGGUUUAGUUAGGCACUUCGAACUGCCGAAUGACAUUCAUUUCGGACAUUUGGCAUUCGGGUACGUGGCAUUUGGUCAUUCAUUUCGGGCAUUCAGCAGUUCGGCAUGUAAUUCGUUUCAGGCAUUCGGCCAAUUCGGAAUGUUGUUUAUUUUGAAAAAUAAACAUUUGUGUGUUUUUUUCUUAAACAGCCAUGUUUUACAUUGCAUAGUGGACCACAGCAGAACCCAGACCACUUAAUCUUAAAGAAGUGGUCUGGUUUUAGUUAAUAAUUAGUAAUGUUAGUUUAGUAUAUAUACAAUUUACAAAAUUAUAUUUUCACUGCACAGAUAGUACAGCCAAUCAGGGACCACUACCAGCAUGCAACACUUCUGCACACUAUAUAACUCCACCCCUGUGACACCAUCUUUGUGGAGAGCUUAGAAGCAGAGAGUGAGAGCAGAGUGUAAGAGAAAUACAUUUGUGUGUGAACAAGCAAGUAACAGUGUGUGUGAGAGAGAGCAAAGUGAGAGCAAGUGGUGGCUGGUAGGGAGAGCUGUGUAGGGUCAACAGGGAGACUUGUGGUGGUGAUGGUAGUGGGGUAGUUGUGGGAGAUUUGCCCAGGGAGGGUGGUGGGGGGGAAGGUGGGUGUUCUAGGGGUAGGGAGGGUGGUGGCACUAGAAGCUCCUGCUGUUACAUUUGCCUCUGCUUCAGGUGAGUUGAAGAGGAAGCAAGUGUACCACUAUCUGAUGGAGGAGCUAGUAGUGGUAUAACCAGCAGCGACAUGACGGCUUUCAGUUUCCUCAGUCACGUCGCUUGAGGGGAGAAUGUGAGGAUGACAUGGACUAUCCAUUAUGGUUUCUUUUGUUUUAUAAAAUUUUUAUUUAAAUUCAAUCACAGAAAACUAAAAAACACAAAAUUAAUCACUGUAGCAAAGUCACAGUGCAGCAGAGAGACACACUGGCAAUCAGGCUAUCUGGCGUGCACAGCCACACACUCUCUCACCUCCCCCUCUUCAAAAAAAGAAACAAAAUUCAGAAGAAAAAAAGGCAAAACUCACUCUCUCUCUCUCUCUCUCUCCCUGGAACACACUCUUAAAAGCAAUAUGGCUCCCCAAGUUUGCAACAAGUAAAAUACAAUAAAUGUAAUGUAACUUAUCUCUCUCAGUCUCUUGUGCUAUCACAACUAGUCUGGUCACAUGAAUGCAAGCCAACACCCUGACAGCCUGAUUUAUAUACUAGCCCUCAAUGACUCUGUGUACCUUCAUUGGCCAAGUGUCAGUGACAAAAUCACCAUUAAUUGGCUGUCCUCUAACAUCAAUCACAAAAAUGUGCUUAUUUCAUUGGACAGGGAAUAGUGAAACCGGAUUGGGCAAGCAAGCAUUACAUUGCACAAACAGAAUUAGCUUAUUGGUCAAUAUUCCUGUCAUCAUUCACAUAGUUUUCCCUCCCUCUCUCUUGCUUUGCCACUUUUGGAAAUCCGAAUCACUACCGAACUUCGUCACUUCAGAACUUCGGCGCUUCGGAAACUCAGCACUUCGGACAUUCGUAAGCAUCCACAUGUCCGAAUGGCAUGAAAUUCAUCCAAAUGUACAUUCGGAACGAAACUAAUUGCACCUGUCUAGUGAGAGGUGCUGUGUGUGUGUGUGUGUGUGUGCGGGGGUGCUGUGUGUGUUUGUGUUGUGUGUGUGAAGGGUGAGUGGUGUGUGUGUGUUGCAGAGUGUGAGGGGUGUAUGGAGCAAAUGUUUUUUUAAAUAAUAAAUGUAACAUACAUUAAUGAAAUUUUGAUGUCCCCCCAAAUCUUUCUUCUUACCUUUUGUGAAGGAGGGGAAACACUGCCCUGGUGGUAUGGUGGUGGUGUUCUAUAGCCUGCAGCUCCUCUGGCUGCAGACUAUCUUCACUACUCCCGAGCAGAGCUCUGAGUGGAGAAGGGCAAUGCGCCGCAUCAUGCUCGUGGGAGGAGCGAUCUCCUCCCAGGUCCUUCCCUUCCUCCCUAUAAUGCAGCCUCUGGGUCCUCCCGCUAAUGAAGGGACUUUGGGCCGGUGAGGGAGAUCUUUGAUCACCCCAACGGCCCGAGAGGGCCCACUGCAAGAAAGCAGUGCCAGCUCUCCAUUGGCCGGCAGGGGAGAUCAGAGUAUCUCCCCUGCCGGCCGGCCGGGCACGCUGGGCAUUGCGCUGGGGCCCCCAUACUUGUGGGGCCCUCGGGCAACUGCCCAGUGUGCUCAUGGGAAAAGACAGCCCUGCAGACAAAUAUUCUUCUAACAAUGAAAAAAACAACGUCAUCAUGUACUUGCAUCUUUAAUCAGUAACCAUGGAAUUUUAUUCUAGGUUACAUAGUUACAUAGUUGAAAAGAGACUUGCAUCCAUCAAGUUCCGCCUUUCUCACAUAUAUUUUUGCUGUUGUUAAUUUAUAAAGGUGACGAAUGGAGUAUGCAUACCUCUCAACUGUCCCUAUCUAGGAGGUACAGUCCUGUUUUUUGGGCCCAAAAUCCCUUUUCCUCUGUUUUUAUCCUAAUAUCCCUCUUUUCCAGGAGCAUCAAAUUGUUGUUGUGCCUCAGAGUAUAACAGAGCUCCACAGAAAUAACUCUUACAUCUUUAAACUAUAAUAAAUGUGUUUAGAAAUCAAUCUGUGUAAAAAAGAUACAUUGUUCAAAUUACAUUUUUGUUGCAUAAAUUGUUAUUACCGUAAUAAGUCAACUAAAAUACCUCGGAACAGCCCCAACUCCUAAAAUGUAAUUGUCUAUUUCUGCCCAUUUUAAAUGCUGGGACGUAUAGUAUUGAGAAAGGUCAAACAGGAAUGAAGCCAGCUAAAGAUGAAGUCAUUCACUGAUCAUCCACAACAUUAAAACUAAUAUUGUGUAGGUCCCUGUCGUGCUUCCAAAAACAGCAUGGCUAACACAAGACCUCUGAAGGCAUCCUGUGGUAUCUGGCACCAAGACAUUAGCAGCAGAUCCUUUAAGUCCUGAAAGUUGUGAGACGAGGCCUCUGGGAUUUUUCUUCCAGCAUAUCCCACAGUUGCUCAUUCAGAUGGAGAUUUUGUGAAUUUGGAGGCCCAGGCAUCACUUUGAACUCUUUGCCAUGUUCCUCCAACCAUUCCUGAACAAUUUUUGCAAUGUGGCAGGUGACUUAUCCUGCUAAAAGAGGCCACUGCCAUCAGGGAACACCAUUGCCAUAAAUGAGUGUACAUGGUCUUGAACAAAAUGUAGGUAGGUGAUACGUGUCAAAGUAACAUCUGCAUGAAUGCCAUGACUCAAGGUUUCCCAGCAGAACAUUGCCCAGAGCAUAACACUGCCUCUGCCAACAACGCACAUGUACCUGGUCAUCCACCUGAUCUAAAAGAAAACAUGAUUUAUCAAACCAUGUAACUUUCUUCCACUGCUCCAUGGUCCAUGUCUAACACACAUUUCCACAUUAAAGGCUGCUUAAUCUAUCUCACCCCCUGAUAGAUACCAUUGUAACAAUUUAAUCAAUGUUAUUCACUUCACCUGUCAAUGGUUUCAAUGUUGUGGCUGAUCUGUGUAUAUCAUGAGAUUUAUAGUUCAGAUGAUGAUGAUGAGCAGAUGUUGGAAGUGGUGGAGGGCAUCUAAAACAGAAAGGAAAAAAAUGGCAAUUAGGUAGCAAGAUGUGGGUGAGGAUGAGAGAGUGGGGAUAGAAGUAAAAAAUAGGAUGACAGAAAUGCAUUGUAAAACCUUUUUUCUUUGUUUCUGAGUCUAUUAAACGUAAGAGGAAAAGUGAUCUGUCAUAUUAAUAAUAAUAAUAAUAGUUAUAAUAUUAGUAUGAAUGUGUUAAUACAUUCCAAGGUCCAAAUAUUGAGACAAUAAAGCAUCAGUAUUCGUUCUGAAUCACAGGAUAAUGCUACAUAAACUCAUAAAUUGAACAUUAAAGAAAACAUAAAUGUGUGAAAACGAAUUAAGAAUUAAUAACAUGCAACUUAAUUAAAAGGACAAUUUGGACUUUGAAAAAUGAGCAUUUACAUUGUUUAAAAACAUGACUUGGUCUUUGAUAUUUUCAAGUAUGGAAAGUGAUAUUGAGACUCCUCACUUAAGAAGAAACAGUAGUCUUCUUUACAGAUAUUUAGGAUUCCCAAAAGGAAAAGGAGGUCCACACGUUUUUUGGUUUUGUAUAUUUAUUAAACAACAGCAAAUUAUUAACUAUGUGCAUCUAUUAUUAUGUAACACUGAUAAAAAAAAACCAAAAAACGUUUCAACCAAAAUUGAUGAAAAUCCAAAAUGUUUAUGAAACAAAUAGAGGAAGAGGAAGAUUGUACAAUUUUAAACAUAAAUAUGUUCAUUUUCUACGGACCUUUUUAAGUGAGUGAUUACAUAAGUUGAGAUGUAGUUAAUAAAGCUGGGAGUUUUGCCAGACAGGGCAGAUCUAUUGAACUUUCCUUGCCCUGUCAAGCUUAUUACAUGUUAUUAUUAAUAUGUUUGAACCUGUUAUUGAUGUUUCUGUCUGUAGACAAUAACUCAAUUCUCUCUUAUGAUACACACAAUACAACAUAAUAUUUCAUCAGGCUUAAAAUCUUACCUUUUUACAAGCUGCAGUACUGACGGCUAAUGAAGAUCCUCACCAGAUGCGCAACUAGAAAACCCCAGGCCCAAGUGCGAAAAUUGCCCUGGGGCCCCCCAGCAUUUGUGUUUCGAUCCCCCCCAGCCCUUCCAUUUGUCUAAUACUCCCUCCCAGUCCCUCCAAGUAACUGAGUCUCUCUUAUUCUUCCCCCAGCCCCUCCACAUGUCUCAAUCUCCCUCCCAGCUUAUUUAUGUGUGUCAUUCCCCCCAACUCCUCCACAUGUCUCACCCCCAAAGCCCCUCUAUGUCUCAGCCCUCAGUCUCUACAGGACUGACAGCUAAGAACAUCCUCACCAGAAGCAUAGCUAGAAACCAUCUGGCCCUGUGCGAAAAUAGCCCUGUUUCCCCCCCAAUGUGUCUUAUUUCCCCCUCCCCUUCCAGGUGUCUCAUUCUCUCCCCCAGGCCCUUCGUGUAUCUCAUUCUCCCCUCCCAGUUCCUCCAAGUGUCUUAUUCCCCCCCCAGUCCCUCCAUGUGUCUCAAUCUCCCCCAAGCACCUCCAUGUGUAUCAUCCCCCUAGCCCCUUCAGUUGUCUUAUCCUCCCACUUAGCCCCACCCAACCCCUCCAUGUGUCUAAUCCUCUAUCCGCAGUCUGCUCGGCCAUGCUACAUGUAAUGACUGGUAGGAGGAGGAGCACUGUGAAGUAUGCUUCCCUCUGGCUGGUUAUCCGGCCACUGUGCACCCCUGGCUGGUAUUAACCCUUAAGUUAUGCUGGCCCACCAGUCGACCAGUUGACCUGGCGGAGCUGCAGACCAGAGUUACUGGGCUCUUUCUCUACCAGGGAAGAUUGAGUGGAAGGGUCCAGCACCCGGUGGCAUACACUAUAGCCUGGUGUCUCAGUUACGGACCUAGGACUCGACAUUUCAGUCUGUCCUAAGGUGUUCGUGAGGCCUCAGUCAGUGCAAGACCUUAGACAGCCAAUUGCACCUCUUCCACACAGACAUAAACACACAAUGCAUCCCUUACAAACAUACAAUGUGUUCCUUACACACACAUACAAUGCCUUCCUUACACACACAGAAAAACAAAAUGCAUCCUUUACACACACAGAUACACCUAAUGCUUCCCUUACAUACACACACAGAAUGCAUCCCUUACACACAGAGAAACACAGAAUGCAUCUCCUACACACACAUGCGCACACACACACACACACUCAAUGCAUCCCUUACACACACACACACAUACCCACACACUGCUCCCCUUGCAUACACACAUGCACACACAAACAAGCACACACACACUAACACAAAUACACAACGUAUCCCUUACACACAAACACACACACACACAUACUGCAUUCCUUACCCACACUCUGACAGAAGCACCCAAUGCAUUCCUUACACACGCACAGAAACACACAAUGCAUGCCUUACACACAAACACACAUCCUUUUACAUAAACACACUUCAUCCUCUAAACACUUACUAUAUCCACUAUAUGCACACACUCUAUUACACAGACACACACUACAUCUCUUAUACAAGCUGGAAUCCCUAUACACUACAUUCUAUAAGCACACACACAUUACAUCCCCCAACACGUACACUCCACUCCCUGAGCAAACUCAGGGGGUGCCCAGGGGGUGGAUUCAUGGGCCAGCCGUGUGGGCAGACUCUGGAUCCCGCCAUUUUGGUGUUCCCAAUAUUUCUGAUGGGAAUCCUAAUUAUAGUUGAUUGACAGUACAGAGAAGCACCCCCCACACAGAAAAAUGAUAUUUAUCUCCAGGAAGUGGCUUAUGGUGCUUAGAGUGACAACGUGAUUGAAUGCAAAUAACACUCUUGCAUUCUUUAGAAUAAAUUCAUAUUUUUAAUUAUAUAUGACUCAAACUUUUAUGUUAACUAUUUACAACAAUUUGCAUAGUAUGCAUGUUAACCAGACUAAAUCCGAUCAGGGAGAAUAAAAUAAAACUUGUUUGGUCAACACAUUUGCAAAAGUCCUUUUUUGGAUAUUUAAAAAAAAAUUAAAAAAUACAAUUUGUCUAUUUUUUACUUUGUUUAUUGAACUUUCAUUAGGAAAUAUACUAUUCUUUUUAAAUAUAAUUUGUGCUGCUCAUGUAAGUUAAAAAUGAACAGCAAUUUUGUUCAGUCUAUUAUUAAGACAUAUCUAGAAAAUUAAGGGGCAUUUACAAAAAAGAAACUUAAAAAAAAAAAAAAAAGAAUGAAUUCAUAAUUCAAGGUAACAAAAAUUACAUAAGCCCAAAACCUUUUUUUUCAUAGAAAAUAGGGUGGCCAGAAAGUUGGGGAUAGGGAUACCUGUGUUCUUUCCUCUGGUAAUAUAAGUUUUGAUUACUCUCUAACUUUGUGAAAAGCACUGUUUGUGACUAUGCAGCUAGGAGUGGCCUUAGCAUGUAUUUUUAUAAAGUACUACAUUCUAUUGUAUUUGUAUACGUGCAGCUCUGCUUUCUUUUUGUAUUGUAUACCCUUUAUCUAAGCGAGUUAAGUUAAUGCUAGCAUCUUGGAUUGAGAGUUCAUUGCUUGUAUGGUGUGCAUCCAAUAUCAUUACCUUGACAAUUUACCAUUUUGGCAAUAAAAUCUCAUGGUUAAACGAACACUCCAAACACCAUAACCACUACAGUGAGACCCCUAUUGUAGUCUGCCAGACACCACUAUUCGCAUUUUUUGUGUACUCCAUUAGCAGACCUGAGUUAAGUCCUGCCGUGUUGAUGCAGGACCAGCUCAUUGGUUGAGUCCUUCAGUUGAAGUACCACUGAGUUUAGCUCAGACAGAGAGCUUCUAGUUAUAGAGGAGUCUGUAGUAGAGCUAGGCAGCUACACCCAGCAAUAAGAAGUUUAAAAUGGAAGGACUACUUAUAUUAAAUGAGCACUAUAGGGUCAGGAACACAAACAUGUAUUCUUGGCCAUGUAGUGUUAAAACCACUAUCUAGCCCCCUUGGCCCAUUUCCCUCUGUAAAUAUAGUAAAAUCUUACUUGUAUUCAAGUCUGAAGAUGCUGCCUCUGCCUGUGAACUUUCUCUGACCUCUGACAUCAUCAGAAGUGGUGGCCUGAUCCAAUCACAAUGCUUCCCCAUAGGAUUGGCUGAGACUGACAAAGAAAUCAGGGGCAGAGCCAGCAUGAUUCAAACACAGCCAUGGCCAAUCAGCAUCUCCUCAUAGAGAUGAAUUGAAUCAAUGAAUCUCUAUUAGGAAAGUUCAGUGUCUGCGUGCAGAGGGUGGAGACACUGACUGUUUUGAUGCAUUUUAGGCAGCCAUGACCCAGGAAGGAUCUCUAACAGCCAUCUAAGGAGUGGCCAGUGAAGUUAUCACUAGGCUGUAAUGUAAACACUGCAUUUUCUCUGAAAAGACUGUGUUUACAGCAAAAAGCCUGAAGGUAAUGAUUCUACUCACCAGAACAAAUUCAAUUAGCUUUAGAUGUUCUGGUGACUAUAUUGUCCCUUUAAGUGGGGGCCAAGGCACUUCUAGCACCAUAAGCUCUACAUACCAUAAUGAUAAUAGUGCUUAGUUGUUUAUUCAAAGAUAUGCUGGCAUUCCCUUACAUAAAUGGACUUAUUUGCUUUCACAAGCCAUUUAGAAUGUAUCUGAAUACAAAUUAUUUUAUAAAAUUGUCCUGGCUGCAAGGUGAGUAUUUAACAGAUACUGGCUUCAUACAUUACCUCCUACCGGCAAUAAAGUUUUGCACAAGAUUGAUGAUAAAUUUAAACAAUGCAAGUAAAUAAAACAAUGGCUGUAAUUCAUAGUCAAGUAAUAUGCAAUUUAUCAUCAUAGCAUCAUGUUCCAGGUCUCUCUGCAAACUAAUUAUUAUUAUUUUUGUUUUUAUUCUCUUCCUUUCUCCUUGUGUUAUUAUUAUUAGCACUCUAUGUUGUGUAUUUAAAAAAUAAACCAUCCUGAUUAGAUAUCUAUUUAUAAGCAUUGAUGGACGGAGGAAUGAAUAAAUAGACAGACAGACAGAGAAAUUCCAUAUAGUAAAUAAUAUACUGUAUAGAAUUUUAUAUAUAUAUGCAUAUUUUCUUUGUUUUCUUUGAUUUUCAUUCCUAUUUUAUGUUCAAUUUAAAGGUUUACAAGUCACGAGCUGUGACUGGCAUUAUGCGGCUAACAAGAAAGUCCACCAUACCAAUAUGUACGACAGCAACGAUUUGAUCCUACGGAGAGGCCAACCUUUUCUUCUAACUCUGACUUUCAGUAGAGCCCUGCAGCAAGGAGAGAACAUCCUAUUCACCACUGAGACAGGUAUGAGUUGCCGCUCACAGUGAUAGAGUUUUCAAGACCGUACAUACAGCCAGUUGUGGAAUGAGUGCAAAGUGUGAACUUUCAACUGAAUGAGUUCAGCUUCACAUGGUCUAGUAUCAUGGAGCAAUUGUUUUGUUAAUCAAUUACAUCAGUCUUUCCUCUUGAAUAGCAUUCUUAUACUAGACACUAGUGUGGCACAACAAGUUAUUCUAAUUACAAUAUGUGAAAUAAAAAGUUGACACCCCAAGGUAUUGUAUAUGGAGUGUUUUGAUGCCUUUGAUGCAACCGUUUUAGCCAAAAUAAAUGGAGAAAAUGUGUGAUGGCAAUUUUUCAAUUUUCAUUUUUACACAGACAUUUGUGUGUGAUUUAGGGGAGACUGUUGUUGGUUAUUGCAAGAAAACACUCCAGGCUGUUUCCUGCAAGGUCUGAGUACACUCAUGCUCCCAUACAUAGGUUGAACUUGAUCAUAAAAAUUGUCUGGUGAUGUAAACGUAAAAAAACAAACUCAGGAACAGUAAACGUAACCAAAAAAAAACUGAAUGGCAAAUGUAAAAAAAAUAAAAAAAAACAGACCAGUGUGUGAUAUCUCUUGAAGUAGUACCCAAUGCAGAGUCCAGGCUGUCCUGGGCAACCAGGACAGUAAAAUACGGUGUCCUUUCUCUUCUCCCUCUUGAAACAGACUCUGCAUCUUUUUUGAGGAUUCUGCUUUGCCACAGUAGGGGGAAUUUUAAAAAUAAAGUGGGUAGCCCCAACUCUGUUCUCUCCCAUCACUGAUCUGGAGCUGAAAGUGCGAAAAAGUCAGUUUCAUUACGGGGUUUUCUUUUUUGAACAACAAAAAAGCCUUGUGGGUUGCAAUCUGCAUUAGGUAAAUUGCAACCUUUUUGUACCAGGCCCUUGUCUUCUGUAUAAUUAGUUAGGGCUGCAGCAGCUGAUUUGCCAGAUCAACCCCACCUAUAUGUCGGUUAUAGGCCUUGAUGCACACUGGCUUCCUUGUGCUCUCAGCUCUGCCACGUACAGAGACCCCCCACAGUCAUCUCAGUGUGGAUGGUGGUUAAAAAGGUACACAUCCUUCUUGUCUCUGUACUUAACUGCCAACAGCUCUUCUUGUCGCAGAGCUGAGGUCUUCUCCCUUCGUAACCAGGUGCGUGCAAGUUGUCCUGGUUCUUCCUGAUUGUACUGCAAGCUACUGUAUCAAAGCAGUGCAAUAGCUUGAACAAAGGGACACUUGUAUAAAAAUUGUCUAAAUACAAGUGGUACCCUUUGUUCAUUAGGGGGAAUAUUAGGUCCCAGACAAUCUUGCCACUGGUUCCCAUAUGUUCUGGGCAACCUGGAGGGUCAAGGUGGCUAUCCUUUCCCUCAUACAUCUGGAAUACCUGAGUAUACCCAGUCUCACAGACCUUAUACACCUUUACACCAUACCUGGAGCGCUUGUAAGAAAUAUACUGUUUGAAUCCCAGCCUUCCCUUAUACUUCAUUAGGAAUUUAUUCCUUCGGGAUUUAUAAGGCUCUGCAAACUUGGCAGUGAAGUAGGUAAUCAGGGGGUGGACUUUAUACAGCCUGUGAAACUGGGGAUGCUUUAUAGGGGGGCACAGGCUGUUGUCACUGAAGUGUAGAAUCAUUUCAUAUAUUUUCCUCAACAUUCACUGGGAGUAAAUGGGGCUAGAACAGAUCGGGCUACUGCUCCAAUAGGAGUGGAUGGAGUGCUUCUUUAUGAUGCCCAUCAGCAAAGACAAUCCCCUGGAUUUUGUAAAUUCUGGAACAUAGAUUGGAGCCCAUUGCUGCUUUGCCAAAAAAGAGUCAGACUUUGAAGCACGGAACCGAUGGGCAUAUAAAUUAGUUUGGGGGACAACGUUCCCCGAUACAUCAUUGCCCAGAAACACCUCCAUAAACUGUUGGGGGCUAAAUCCUGCGACAUCCACAUCGAUGCCAGGAUUUGCGGUGAAGAGUGGGAUAUCUGGCGCAACCCACUCCUCAACAGCACUGCCAGCUGGAGCAGCACUUCUCCUUGUGGCAGGGGGCAUAGCAGCCCCAGAUACAUCACUACAGGGAGUGCAGAAUUAUUAGGCAAAUUAGUAUUUUGACCACAUCAUCCUCUUUAUGCAUGUUGUCUUACUCCAAGCUGUAUAGGCUCGAAAGCCUACUACCAAUUAAGCAUAUUAGGUGAUGUGCAUCUCUGUAAUGAGAAGGGGUGUGGUCUAAUGACAUCAACACCCUAUAUCAGGUGUGCAUAAUUAUUAGGCAACUUCCUUUCCUUUGGCAAAAUGGGUCAAAAGAAGGACUUGACAGGCUCAGAAAAGUCAAAAAUAGUGAGAUAUCUUGCAGAGGGAUGCAGCACUCUUAAAAUUGCAAAGCUUCUGAAGCGUGAUCAUCGAACAAUCAAGCGUUUCAUUCAAAAUAGUCAACAGGGUCGCAAGAAGCGUGUGGAAAAACCAAGGCGCAAAAUAACUGCCCAUGAACUGAGAAAAGUCAAGCGUGCAGCUGCCACGAUGCCACUUGCCACCAGUUUGGCCAUAUUUCAGAGCUGCAACAUCACUGGAGUGCCCAAAAGCACAAGGUGUGCAAUACUCAGAGACAUGGCCAAGGUAAGAAAGGCUGAAAGACGACCACCACUGAACAAGACACACAAGCUGAAACGUCAAGACUGGGCCAAGAAAUAUCUCAAGACUGAUUUUUCUAAGGUUUUAUGGACUGAUGAAAUGAGAGUGAGUCUUGAUGGGCCAGAUGGAUGGGCCCGUGGCUGGAUUGGUAAAGGGCAGAGAGCUCCAGUCCGACUCAGACGCCAGCAAGGUGGAGGUGGAGUACUGGUUUGGGCUGGUAUCAUCAAAGAUGAGCUUGUGGGGCCUUUUCGGGUUGAGGAUGGAGUCAAGCUCAACUCCCAGUCCUACUGCCAGUUCCUGGAAGACACCUUCUUCAAGCAGUGGUACAGGAAGAAGUCUGCAUCCUUCAAGAAAAACAUGAUUUUCAUGCAGGACAAUGCUCCAUCACACGCGUCCAAGUACUCCACAGCGUGGCUGGCAAGAAAGGGUAUAAAAGAAGAAAAUCUAAUGACAUGGCCUCCUUGUUCACCUGAUCUGAACCCCAUUGAGAACCUGUGGUCCAUCAUCAAAUGUGAGAUUUACAAGGAGGGAAAACAGUACACCUCUCUGAACAGUGUCUGGGAGGCUGUGGUUGCUGCUGCACGCAAUGUUGAUGGUGAACAGAUCAAAACACUGACAGAAUCCAUGGAUGGCAGGCUUUUGAGUGUCCUUGCAAAGAAAGGUGGCUAUAUUGGUCACUGAUUUGUUUUUGUUUUGUUUUUGAAUGUCAGAAAUGUAUAUUUGUGAAUGUUGAGAUGUUAUAUUGGUUUCACUGGUAAUAAUAAAUAAUUGAAAUGGGUAUAUAUUUGUUUUUUGUUAAGUUGCCUAAUAAUUAUGCACAGUAAUAGUCACCUGCACACACAGAUAUCCCCCUAACAUAGCUAUAACUAAAAACAAACUAAAAACUACUUCCAAAAAUAUUCAGCUUUGAUAUUAAUGAGUUUUUUGGGUUCAUUGAGAACAUGGUUGUUGUUCAAUAAUAAAAUUAAUCCUCAAAAAUACAACUUGCCUAAUAAUUCUGCACUCCCUGUAGAUACAUCACUAGCAGCAGACACUGUAUCUAGUGAUGGAUAUGAGUCAGACUCUAACGGAAGCAUGGCAUAUGCCUCCUCAGCGCUAUACAACCUCUGUAACCUCGGUGACAUGAUCACAAUCACUUUAUUUAGUGAUCUGUCACAAAAAAAAUCACAAAAUAAGUGCUGCUGUGCAAGAGCCUCUGAUCUAUACAGUGAUCCCUAAAAGGAUAGAGGUUAAUAGCUCUAAAAAAAGAGCCUUUGGGUCUCACAAAAAAAAAAAAUCACAAAAAAUUAACCCCUAAAAAAAUGCACAGACAGCAAAAAAGUGCUGCUGUACAAGAGGAAGUGAUUUAUAGUGAUCACUGGCAAGAUAGGGGUUAAUGGCUCUGAAAAGAGCCUUUGGGUCUCACAAUUUUACAAAUUUCUACCUAAAACUACCUAAAUCUCUCUACAUAAACACAGAUCUCUCUCUCUCACUAAAACACAAGUGAAGAGAGGGAGGGAGAUCAACACUGAUCAGAGUCAAUAUUUACUAAUAUUGACCUCACCAGGCAAAUGGGGAUUAUAGUAAUAAUAAAUAUUAUUAUAGAGGCAAGCUCUGAUUUGAUGACCCUAGCCUGCCUCUAUGAUGAAAGAUUAUUAAAGGAUAAUAUACUGAAAUUCAUUGUGCAUAACAAUGCCGCUAAUAGUAAUCAACAUGAUUUUAUGAAGGACGGAUGAUGUUAAACUAACUUAAAAGGUAACUAUCAGUUAACAGGCUUUUUUAUGUUCAUUUAUCCCUAUAAUUAACAAUUUUACCACAUGACAGGCGGCUUCGUAUUUUGCAUAUCUCUCUUUACUAACUCCAUACAGCAGUAAAGAAACAUAUAGAAAAAAGAACCAAUCACAGGAGAGCACGAUGUAUAAAAGGCAAUGUGACCUUAUCAUUGCCUCUUUCUUUGCUGCUCCAUCAAGCAGGCAGGUCAGAGUAUUACUCUUCUCUAUUACUUAUGUUUCUAUUGCCUCUUUGAGGUUGUUUCUGUAUUAUAUUUUUUAUAUACUUUGCUGUAUGUUCUUGCUGUGCUUCUGUACUAUGUGCAGCUGUGUUUUUUCUAUGUUAUUUCAUAGAUUUUAUGUAGAUUUAACGUUAUCCUUAUUUCAUAACCUUUAGUUGUGAUUAAUAUCACUUGUAGUUUAUCAGUUUUAUAGGCAUUUCAUCCUUUGUUUUGAUAAGUAUUAUAUGUACUUUAUAUGUAUUUAAUAGAUGUCAUAUGUAUUUUAUAACAUGGAUUUAAUAGGUGUUAGGUGUAAAUUUUAUUUUUGACUUAAUAGGUUUUAUGUAUAGUUAUGGUAGAUGUACUUUAUACCAUAUGUAUCAUUACUUUUCUGGCGAUUUUCCUGGCCUUCUAUACCUGGGGCAUCUGGGGACCCUAUUUCCAUGCUUUCCUCCUUCUCCCCGGGGUCUCAUGGGGAUUCUGGGUCUGGCUGGGGCUUAACCCCUUCCCUCCCCCAGUUCCCGUCGGCUCCCGGCGUUAACCCCUUCUUCCAGCCUAUCCGUUCGACCCCUUUCUCCUACAACUCUCAGGGGGACGGCCGGACUCACUGCCCUCGCUCUCUCAGGCUGCCCCAUACCGUACACCCGGUAAUGUGCUGGAUGCUUUCCAACAUCCACUACUUUGGUGCAGGGCAGUCUGUCGGGUGACCACGUGGUAGCCCGAGCAUAAAACGGCGGUCAUCUUUGAUCCCACAUCUACCAAGACUCCAGGGACCAUGUUACUCCUCCUUUACCCUCGGCUGCCAUCUUUAAUCUCACGAGAUUAUGGGCGGCCAUUUUGCUACACUCGCCCACCACGAUUUCGGCGCUCGAGAGUAACAUAUCCCAAGGGUCCCAAGUUCGAAUCCAGGUAAAGGUAGGUAUUCUAACUGGCCUAUUAGUUACAGAUUUGAGUCGUACUCAUGUAUAGUGGUUCGAGGUACUGGAACUUUAAAGGGAAAUCACCCCCAAAAAUCCCUUUAAUUAUCCUACAACUACUUAAUGAGUUGAUGACCCUAAAUCCAUCUGUCACUACACAAUGAAAAAGGAUUAGCUGUAAUAAAUCAGAUUUAUGAUUGACGAUACAGAAUAUGAGAUUACUGAAAUAAAUCCUCUCAUGCAUCACUUUAAAAAUCCAGAUAUGAUUAGACUUUUUAUAGUUAGAAUAUUUCCAAAAGUUCAAAUACAAAAAGAAAAUAGGCAGGCGAUCUUCCUGAAUUGCAAUUAAUACUAAUUAUUUUCUGUUAUUUAUUCCCAUUUAAGGUCCGUCCCCUUCAGAGGAAUCAAAAACAAAAGCUGUUUUCCCAUUGUUUAGAGGUCAAGGAAAGGAUACAUGGAGUGCCGUUAUGACAUCAACUACUUCAAAUUCUUUAACUGUGACUAUAAACAGCUCCUCGAGUUCUGUUAUUGGACAUUACAUCCUGAGUGUAUGUGUAUUUAGUAGCAACACCGAUAAUGUGACUCCUCAGGCUAUUGGUGGACUAUUUCUUAUCUUCAAUCCAUGGAUCCAAGGUAAAAUUAAAAAAAAGUGCUUUUUAAAUUAGGGGUUUCAAAGUCCUGGAUUGUAUGCAAUUUCUGCCCCCUAAAUACUUUAAUGUGGCCCAUGGCCACUUGUCCUGGAUAAAAGAGCUAUGUCCAGGUCCUGCAAACUUUUCCAUGUUCUAGAUUGCUAGUAACCUGCUCUACAUCAGGGUCACAAUCAUAUCCCAUAUCCUUAUGGUGCAGUUGAACGGGCCUGAGUGUUUGCCUGUGUGAGGACUCCUGCCAACAUCAUUAUUAAAGUUCCCACAUUUGGCAGUUGUAAGCCAUAACUUUUGUGAUGACACUGUCUGGUACAAGCAAUGUAGGAAAAUAGGCAUACUUUAUCGAUAGCUUGGCUGUACAACAUGUGAUAGCUGUGAGGGAGUGUGUAUUGGAGUCUGUAGCUGUGUGUCCAUAUGAGAGUAAGGAAUUGUGUACACACAAGUGUCCGGAGGUAUGGACCUGCAAUAUUCAUAGGGACAAUGACAUGGCCAGUGGAUCUAAAUUAAAUUGACUUUGAGAUCCCUGUUUUAAAUACAUUUCUGUCAACAAAAGACUCCUAAAUCAUGGUCCUAGAACCUUUAUAGCCCAGAGCAUUGUGGACCUUGCAUUUUACAGUUCUUAGUUGGUAGUAAAUAAUCCCUAUCAUUUAUAUUAUAUUGUGAUUACAUGAUUUAUCUAAUCAAAUUUUCUGAACUAUCUUUUUAUUUAUUUUUUAUUUAGAUGAUGAUGUCUUUAAAGCUGAGGAGGAUGAGCGACAGGAAUAUGUUCUUAAUGAAAAUGGAAUUAUAUUUGUUGGAAGCGAAUUUGAGAUAUUGCCAAGGAACUGGGAAUACAAUCAGGUGACUUUGCAAGAAUACUAUAGAAUAAAGUAGAUAACCACAAAACAUGAACAUCUCUUAUUAAAGUCAUGGCAAAAUCAACGUAUGUGACUUCAAAAGCCUUUUUCUGAGGCAUGCUGUUAAAAUAAUCUACAUUUUAAAUAAACACAUCUACAAAUAAGCAAUAUACUGUUAGUUUCGUUGAAUUAAUCGUCUACAAAUUCUAUAGGAUAUAUUAUUCAUAUCUGUCGAUGGGGAUGUAACAUGUUUUUAAUUUGACCCCCAAAAAAAGUCCAAACCAAUGAAACUUGCCAGUAGUGACCUUACAACAUCAAUGGUAAAAUGUAAAGUAAUUUGCAUAUGGUUUGUGGUGGCCACAUCUCCUACAUCUAGUCUUCCCUAGCAGAAAAAUCCAGAUAACUCCAUAGAACAGGGAUAAGCAACCUUCGGCACUCCAGAUGUUGUGGACUACAUGUCCCAAAAUGCUCUUACACCCAUAAUGUUGGCAAAGCAUCAAAAGCUUUCCCACCUAAGAGGUUUGACUUAACAUGGCAGGUGGGCAUUCCUUCUAAUGGCCAUUGGAGUAACUAAAUAACCUCAAUUUGUUUAAAUUUACAUAGGGGAUUCAGGAAAGAGUGCAGGUAACUUUUUUCUUUGGUAAACAAGAGUUUACUGGUAAAGUGGAUAAGCAGAUAUAAAUGAGAUGUAGAUAAUAUUAGUUUUUGUUGAGACCCACCCUAUAAGUACACACCAUAUAAGAUCAGUACAGGCAUAGGAAAGAAAGCUUACCCCAGUGAAUGUUAUGAUGAAGUGGACCUCUAGUGGUUUUCGUUAUCACUGAAGUUUUUUUUAUGCAACAAAGUGCAGAUGGACAAAGACGGAGGUGGCUUCGUGCACCAUCGCCUAUGCAACCUGUAAGGUCUUGAGGUGUUUGCAGUGUCUCAUUAAAAUAUAGAGACUUGGAAGUUCUCUUAAUAACAUUUCAGGGUUCUUAAGAAAGACAAAAACUGUUGCCAUCUUCUGGCAAAGUGCUAAGAAGGAUCAAUAACCAUGAAAGCCAACUGAAUAUCUCUCAACAUUUAGAACUUACACCAUGAGUAGAACCUGUUUUGCCUCGAUAAAUAGCCUCAUUAAUGUUCUUGGUCAAUAAAACACUGGAGUAAUUCGGAGACACGUUAACUGGUAUCUGGACCAUACCAAAUCUUUUGAUAGUAUCCAGAUUUACUUGAUAGUGUUUGUAAUAAUAAAUUAAGGUAUAAGUAGCUCACAGCCUCCUGUCACCUAAUAAUUAAAGUAACUGAAUGUUGUACAUUAGAAAGGUUCUAUGUUCUGUAUAUUUGGAUUAAUAUUACCAUUAUUGAAAUGUGUCCUUUGCCAGAAAAUAAAAUAAAAUACACUAUAAGGUUUAUUUACUAAUGUGAGAAUUCACAGUGAAUUAAAAAUAUAUGGUAAAAAUAGCUGAACUGAAAAAAUGUGCUAAGUCCAUUUCCAUUUCAGGAACAGUGGCCUUAAAUUAAAAAUUCACUUUCAAUUCUCAUUUUAGUAAAUAACUCUGUAUGUCUUAUAUUGAUGCUUUUUUUAUCAUUGUCUUUAGUUUGAUAAAAAUAUGCUUGAUAUCUGCUUUGCCAUUUUGGAUCGAAGUGUAAAUCAUCAAACGGACCCAAUAUCAGAUGUCUCACAAAGAAAUGACCCACUUUAUGUGUGUAGAAUGCUGAACGCCACAGUAAGUACAUCAUUUUACCCUUAUGACUGAAUGGUCUACCUUUGGCAGAAAAUUAUCUAUGGGCCUCGACAGACUAUGUACUCAGUUCAUCCCUACUAGAGGGCCACCAUGGGUUGCAUCUCAACAAGAUUAGACAACUGUUCUUAAAAUUAUGAAACACAAAGUUUGCUUUUCAAAGGUUACAGAAAUUAAAGUAACACUAUAGGGUCAUGAACACAAACAUGUAUUCCUGACCCUAUAGUGCUAAAUCACCAUCUAGGUGGCUUGCCUACCCUACCUCCCUCUCCCUCCCCAUGUACUUACCGAUCGUAGCCGUUCCUCCGCCGACGGUCGGCCUUCUUCUUAGGGGGAGCCCAGACAGUCCCCCCUUUGCAAUAGGUGUACACAAUGUUGCCAGCAGGGGGCCUGCCUGAACUGACAGGCAGUCCCUCUGCUGGUGAAAAAAGUUUAAAAAAAAGUAAUUUAUAUAUAUAUAUAUAUAUAUAUAUAUAUAUAUAUAUAUAUAUAUAUAUACACAUAUAUAUAUAUAUAUAUAUAUAAAACGCCAUACUAAGUGUAUUUUUUUAUUAAUAUAUAUAUUAAUAGAAAAUACACUUAGAGUAAAAUUACACAAGUGUAUAUAUAUAUAUAUAUUUAUAUAUAUAUAUAUAUAUACAUAUAUAUAUAUGUAUAUAUAAUAUAUAUUAAAAAAAAUAUAUAUAUAUAAAAUAAAUAAUUAAUUUUUUUAAUUAUUUAUAUAUAUAUAUAUAUAUAUAUAAAAGUAAUUUUAUUCUAACUAUAUAUCAAUACACUUAGAAUGAAAUUAUAUAUAUAGCUACGUAUAUCACCUUAACAAAAAUACAGUCGUUAAGGACUGUGGACGUACCUAGGAGCCCUGGACUGGCGAUCCAUGGCGAUAACGGUCGGGGGGACUGCCGGAAACCCGAGCAGUCCCCCUGCAGCAGCUCCGGCCACCCCGGCCCUCCAGGGCCAUUUGAUCACCAUGAUUACAUCGCCGCAAUAGGAGUCUAGGAGCUGCCAGCAGGGGGACUGUCUGAACUGUCAGACAAUCCCACAGGCUGCUAAAAAAUAAAAUAAAAUAAAUAUAUUAUACAUAUAUAUGUAUAAUAUAUUAUAAAAUAAUGAAAGUGUUUUAUAAUUUAUUAUACAUAUAUGAUUUCAUUGUAAGUGUACUUUGAGAUAUGUACACAUAUAUCUCAAAAUACACUUAUAAUGAAAUCAUAUAUAUGCAUUAUAUAUGUAUAAUAUAUUGUAAAAUGCUUUAAUUAUAAUAUAUUAUGCAUAUAUAGGAAAUAAAAGUGUGUGUAUGUAUAUUUUAUAUGUGAUGCUUGUCCAGAAAAUGCUCCUUUAAACACAAUUUACCAGCAUAAGUUACCUGCAAAUAAUUUCUUCAGUUUUCUUGUGUAGUUCAGAAUAUUAACUAAUCCAUAAUUUGGGAUUCCAGAAUCCAGAUUUUUCUUUAAAAAGUGCUUAAAAACAAAAAAAUAAUCUUACAUACGUAUGAAAAUUGAUGCAAAUAGUGACACUUAUUUAUUGUUACACAUUCAUUCUCCACUUUGGGUUGAAUAUUAGACUCUUUGUGACUUAGCUCAAAAUUAAAUUUAGCAAAAUACUGAAUAGCAAGUAGAAAGACACUUGCUGUUGAUUGACGUAGCCAUAUUGAACCAAACCCAUUCACUUCCACUUAGGUCAAAAUUUAUAACACUGUACAUGUUGCACAAAAUAAAACUGAAAACACAUGACAUCACCGGAUGCAUCCUUUCGGUAAAACACAAUCUUUCUUGGUUUAACAGUUGCAUGUUUUUGAAUUAAAGGUAUCAAGGUAUAGCUAGCACACUUUAUCUAUGUAGAUACAUUGUAUUAUCCCUGUUUUCAGUGAAUGAAACAAAAUUUACAGUGUUUGGAUUUGUAGAGAAUAAAAUAAGUUGACACCUAGUGGUUCCUAGGUGACCAUGCACCAAAGAGCAGUGUCAUGUUUAGUAUGAGAAACCUAUAGUUGUGCUCAAAGGUUUGCAUACCUUGGCAGAAAUUGUGAAAUUUUGGCGUUGAUUUUGAAAAUAGGACUGAUCAUGCAAAAAAAGUAUUUUGUUGAAGGAUAAUGGUCAUACGAAGCCAUUUAUUAUCAUUUGUUUGGCUCCUUUUAAAAAAUCAUAAUCGUGCAGAGAGAACUUGCUGGCAUUUCGGAUUUGGACUGCCCGUAAGGGGGGGACCAGUCUGAUAUGCUUCAGAUAUGUUCUCUCUGUAAUGGCACAAGAUGAGCAAAAAUCUGCUUGAGAACUGAGAGGGGACCGACCGAAGGGCAGGCUAUUUCAGCUGCUGUCCGUCCUCAGUAUUCUCUUGCGACCCAUUUUUGAAUCUCUUGAUACCAAGCCAAGGUCAGGUAGACCAAGAAAGAUUUCAGCCACAACUGCCAGACAAAUUGUUCGGGAUACAAAGAAAAACCCACAGGUAACCUCGGGAGAAAUGCUGCCCUGGAAAAAGACAUGGUGUGGUUGUUUCAAGGAGCACAAUACAAUAAUAUUUGAACAAACAUGAGCUGCAUGGUCAAGUUGCCAGAAAGAAGCAUUUACUGCGCCAAUGUCACAAAGAAGCCCGGUUGCAAUAUGCCAGACAACACCUUGACACGCCUCAGCUUUUACUGCAGAGUAAGGUGAAAGUUCUGGAGUGGCCAUCACAGACUCCUGACCUUAAUAUCAUAAAGCCUCUCUAGGGAGAUCAAAUGUGUGGUUCAUGCAACACCACCAAAGACGUUGCAUGACCUGGAGGCAUUUUGUCAAAAUGAAUGGGCAGCUAUACCACCUGCAAGAAUUUGGGGCUGUUUCAUUUUUUUCUUUGUUUUAUGAUUGUGCCAUUCUGAUAUAACCUACAGUUGAGUAUGAAUCCCAUAAGAUAUAAAAGAAAUGUGUUUUACCUGCUCACUCAUGUUUUCUUUUUCUUUAAAAAUGGUACAUAUAUUACCAAUUCUCCAAGGGUAUGCAAAUUUUUGAGCACACCUGUAUUUAUAAAGAUGUGUAUUAUGUAUAUGUAUAAAAUAUCACAAGUGCAUGCAAUAAAAUGAUUAUCCUACAUAUAAAAGUGGAAGUGUAAACAUAAUAUAAAUCAUUGACAUGGUACCCAUAUUGUACCCAUAAUCUUAAACAACUAUUAAUCAGAGUUGUCUUAUGUCCAUAAAAUAAUUGCCCGCAUCCUAAGAGCUGAAUCACUAUGACGUUCUAACAGGGGCGUACCUAGAGCAUUUGGCACCCGGGGCAGGUCCUAUUUUUGGCACCCCCCCUUGCUCUCCCCCCUCAACUUUAAAUAUAAAAACAACUAAAAAAUGUUUUAAUGUAUUUAGCACUAAGCAGUGUUUGUGUUUUUGAAUGUAUGCAUGUUUUUGUAUAUGUGAGUGAAUGUAGCGGUGUGUUUGUUUGUAGUAUUGGCGUUUGAAUGCAAGCAUGCAUUUGUGUGUUGUGUGGUAUUUGAAUGCAGUGGUAUGGUUAUAUAUAAUGGUGAGGUUUGUAUGUAGUGUUGACGUUGAAAUGCAUGAAUGUAUUUGUGUGUAGUGUUGGCGAGAUUUUUAGAUGUCUGCACAUAUACACAUACACGGACAUACACACACAAACACAGUCACACACAGAUACACAUUGACACACAUGCAGACAUCGUGGUGACUCUAGGAACAAUAUAUAUGGGGGGGCACAUAAUAUACACAGCCAAAACAGGAGGGGGAGGUGGAGCAGUAAAACUUCUCACUAGAGGAUGGGGUAAUAUGCUGCCAUUGGCUGUCUGAUGCCAGCAUGCUGUGUUCUGCAUGCUGGCAUCUGAUUACACAUUUGCAUAUAAUUCACAUUAGCCACCCAGAUUUCUUGUUAUGGGCUGGCUGACACCUCUUAAUUUCAAUCUUUGUUAAGCAGAUAACUCCUCUAUUUGCUAUCCUUUGUGGGAUUGCCAUAUUUAAGGACACCAAAUAAGGUGCUAUCUGCUAAACAGCACCCUCAUUUGGUAUCUUUAAAUAUGGAAAUCUCACAUACGGGCACCAAUUCAGGGAAUGAUCUACUAAACAGCUAAAGGAUAAAAAAAAGCCCUUUUCUUAUUUUCAGUUGUUUAGUAGAUAAAUCCCUUAUUUGUUAUCUUUAUGUGGGAUUGCAAUAUUUGAGGACAGGAAAUAAAGGAGCUAUCUACUAAACACAUACGCAGAGAUACACACAAUCACACACAUAAUCACAGCUAUACACAAGCACAAUCACUGACCCACUCACAAACAUUACAUACUUACACACAUUUAAUAAUUAAGAGGUCCACCUAGCCUCCCUACCUUGCUCUAGAAGGGCUGGAGUGGAUCCUCAGUCCCUGGUGGUCAGUGGUUGCUGCUGGGAUCUCUCGCACACCCUGUAAUGACGCAGAGGCCGCGAUGACAUCAUAUCCUGGCUGCCGGCUCACUGCAGGGCGAAGACAGUCAGACACAGUCAGAUGCACACAGUCCCACACACAGUCAAUCACACACGGUUACAGGCAGACAGUCAAAUACGCAGGCAAUCACACAGGCAGACAGUCACACACACAAUCACAGACAGUCACACAUACACACAACACAGUCACAGACAGUCACACACACAAUCACAGGCAGACAGUCACACACACACACACACCCACAAUCACAGGCAGACAGUCACACACACACAGUGACACACACACACACACAGAGUAACACAGACAAUAACAGGCAGACAGUCACACACACACAGUGACACACACACACACAGUGACACACACAAUCACAGGCAGACAGUCAUACAUACACAUAACACAAUCACAGACAGUCACACACACACACACACAAUCAGUCAGAGAGUCACACACACAGAGUCACACAGACAAUCACAAGCAGACAAUCACACAGACAAUCACAGGCAAUCACAGACAGACAAUCACAGACAGACAAUCACAGGCAAUCACACAGACAAUCACAGUUAGACAAUCACACAGACAAUCACAGGCAGACAAUCACACAGACAAUCACAGGCAGUCACACACACAUACAAGCAGACAAUCACACACACAGUCAAAGACAGUCACAAUCACAGUUACACACACACAGCACACACAGUCACAAUCACAGUUACACACACUCUCUCCCUUACAGUAAGCUUGGGCUGGAGGAGGAGGGGAUUCAGUCCCUGCUGUGAUGUAGUUUGGGAAGCAGGGACUCCUUCCAGCUUUCCCUCUGUGUGCAGCAGUAUGAGGCUGCAUAUAGCUCCGCCCCCACGUCCGACUUGGCUCCGCCCCCACGUCCGGCUUGGCUCCGCCCCCAAAUCUCAAUGCAGGUCUCCUGUUCCCUGCCCCUGCGUGCGAGCUGUGUCAGCUGCCCCGCCCCUGCUGCUAUGGCAACCAGUGCAGCCACACAGCUCACUGACUCCCAAGCCUGGCCAGCCCAGGUGGCACCCCCCUGCCUGAUGGCCCCCAGGGCGGACCGCCUCCCCCCCCCCCUUAGUACGCCACUGCGUUCUAACUACCAUAUUAAGAACCAACAUUUUAAUGUUGACAAAACUCUUAGGUUUUGUUCAUAUUGAUUUAUAUUUAUUUACAAUUUCUGAAUUUCUUCUCCUAGGUGAAUAGUAAAGAUGAGAAUGGUGUCCUUACGGAGAAUUGGAGUGGGGACUAUGCUGAUGGGGUUAACCCAAUGAAAUGGAAUGGCAGUGCUCCCAUCUUGAAACAAUGGUACUUUAGCGGAUUUAAACCUUCCAAAUAUGGGCAGUGCUGGGUUUAUGGAGGUGUACUCUGCACAGGUAAUGGAUAAUUGGUUAUGUCUCACAUCAACGCUAAACUAGCUUGAAGUGAUUUCCCAUUGAGUUACAAUAUGUGGAAAAAAAGGAAUUCUUUACUCGAAAAGGUUCAUCUGGUUUCUCUUUAGAUUGUCAAUCUGUUAAUAAUUCCACCAAUACGUUUUUUAGUAUCCUAAAAUAUCCUGUUCUGCUAACAAAAAACACUUCACCCCUUUUUUUACGAUCCGUUAAGUUUCACAAGGCUAGCAAAUUAGGUACUUAUCUUAUCUUCAAAGCAACUGAAACAGCUAAAUUAAAGGGAAUCUAUAGUGCCAGGUUGUUUUCCUGGCACUAUAGCUUCCCACUCCCUCGAGCUCCCCCCACGUCAGUCCAGCUCUGAUGUCCCUUGGCGCUGUCUCAGGUCCACCUUCGCUCCUCAUGCGCAUGUGCAGCAAUGGCUAAUGCUUUGGUAUGCAUAGCAUGAGGACAUCCAGCAUAGUUAAGCAAACAAAAGUCGCCUAGCAGCCCGGAAGUCCCUCUAGUGGCUGUCUGGUAGACAGCCACUAGAGAUGGAGUUAACCCAUCAAGCUAAUUAUUGCAGUUUCUUAAAAAAACUGCAAUAAUUAUCUUUGCAGGGUUAAGAGACCUGCAACAGUGCACCCAGACAACUCCAAUGAGCUGAAGUGGUCUUGGUGCCUAUAUUGUCCCUUUAAGGAAAUGGACAUUUUUCCUAGAUUUUGCUCUUUCAAAUGUUUAGUAGAUCGGUCUCUAGUUUGGUAUAGGACUGCCAUAAUUACAGGUACCAAAUGAGAGACUUAUCUACUAAGCAACUUAAAGAGCAAAAUUAAGGGGAAAAAAUGCUUUUCCUUGUUUUGGUCUUUUAGCUGUCUUUAAUAGAUAGUUCCUUAAUUUGGUACCCUUAUGUGGGAUUCUCAUUUUUAAGGAUACCAAACUAGAAAGCUAUCUACCAAACACAAUAUCUCCCUAAUGUGGUACUCUGAUGUGGAAUUGCUAUAUUUAAGGAUUUAAAAUUAUGGUGGUGUUUAUCAAAUAGCUCCCUUGUUUGGUAUUCUUAAUGCCACGCAAGGAAGCAAAUUAGGGAGUUAUUUACUAAACAACUGAAAUAUCAAAAUAAAAAAGGCCUUCACAUAAUUUUGAUCUACCAGUGUGUUUAGUAGAUAGCUCCUUAAUUUGGUUACCUCGCUAAGGAUACCAAAUUAGGGAGCUAUUUACUAAAUACAACAGCACUUUAAUUUAGUAUAUUAAUGUGGGAUUGACAUAUUUAAGGAUACCAAAUAAUGAUGCUGUUUAGAUGUUCGCCACCUAAUCUGGUAUAUAUUUAAAUAUGGAAAUUCCACGUACUGGUAGAAAAUAAGGGUUUUUAUCUAUUAAACAGCUGAAAAGUCAACAUUAAGAAGAAAAGCUAAUUUAUUAAUUUGAUCUUUAAACUGUGUUUAGUAGAUAGCUUUCUAAAUGUAUACCUUUAUGUUAGAGUACCAUUAUUAAGGGUGCAAAUUAGGGAGCUAUGUGCUAAUUUUGUAUGCUUUCGGAACAACGAUGUCCGAAUUUUGUUUUGCUUCUGAAAUUGUGAAUUUCCAAAUUUCAAACCGAAAUGUGAUAAUUAGCUAAUUGAAAUGCAACAAGAUAAAUUUUUCAUUGUGCACAUCUCUACUGUUGUGUAAUGAGUUGUCUAUAAUUAUUUUAGGUCUUCAUUUGAAGAUAUUUCUAACUAAGAUUUAUUUAGUUUAAAUGUUGAAUACGUAUUUUUCACCCCAAAAUUGCUUUAAUCUACACACUGAAUCUUUUUAAUGAUGUGUUAGCCUUGUUGCCUAAUUCUAUCAGUCCCUCAAUAGAGAAACAUCCUAUUCAUACUGUACCCAUUUAUCUAAUUUUGGUUCAAUUUCAAACACUGGCCCAUGAGUUUUAACGUACUGCAUUAGGUAAUAAAAAAGUGAAUGAGAAGUGGCCAACUUGUGGAUGUAAAUAUUGUGAAUGCCUUCAAUAGAAAUAUUAUUUUCUACCUAGCUGGUUAAUUUUGUCAUCUUAUACAUAUGUUCAAUGUAACAUAAUCUAGAUAGACCUUAAUUACUAAGUGCUUUUCUAUUACAGUGCUCCGGUGCUUGGGUAUUCCUACAAGAGUCAUUUCAAACUUCAAUUCCGCUCAAGAUCGAGAUAAAAAUAUUUUCCUUGAAUUACAUUACAACAAUCAUGGAGUCCAAGACAUCCAGCAGGAUUUGAUGUGGUGAAUAUUGAUUAUUUCAUUAUUGAUAUUUCAGAUGAUGAGAUUUGUAUAGGUUGGUCAGUUGCAAGCAUCAUCCAGCUCAUUUUACCAAUCAGAGUAUUGGUCUAAAUAUGUACUGUCUGGUGUUCAACCACAAAUGCUGUGCAUGAAAUUAAAAUAAAAGUAUAAUUAUGCCAUAAUAAUGCAUCUAGAUGAUUGUUUAAAGUUUAACCCCUUAAGGACCAAACUUCUGGAAUAAAAGGGAAUCAUGACAUGUCAGACAUGUCAUGUGUCCUUAAGGGGUUAAGGUCAGUAGAUGUGAACAAUGUGAUGGCACAAAGAAACUUGUAAGGCUUAGAUAACAUCAACAUCAGUUACAUUUCUUAACCCACAGUGCUAUAAUCUGUUCAACAUAAACUAAGGCUCAAAAGUGGUAUUAUUAUUAUUAUUAUUAUUAUUAUUGCCAUUUAUAUAGCGCCAACAGAUUCCAUAGUAUUUUACAAUAUUAUAAGAGGGGAGAUUUAGCUAUAAAUAGGACAAUUAUAAGAACACUUACAGGAACCACAGGUUGCAGAGGACCCUGCUCAAACGAGCUUACAGUCUAUAAGAGAUGGAGUGUAAAACACACUAGAACAGGGAAUAACAAUCAAAAUAGGUGGGAGUGAAGCAGAGCUGGAGGUGAGAGUAGAGUGCUGCCCUUCAGGAGAGAGCAAGAAACAGGUAUGUGUGGUAGAGGUUACUCUGUGAGGCCAUAAGCUUUCCUAAAAAGAUGGGUUCUAAGGCACUUCUUAAGAGAUUGAAGACUAUGGGAGAGUCUGAUGGCGGUGGGCAGGCUGUUCCAUAGGAAGGGAGCCACCUGCGAGAAGUCCUGCAAGCGUGAGUUGGCUAUACUGGUGCCAUUUGUGGACAAGAGAAGGUCAUAGGCAGAGCGGAGAGACCGAGAAGGGGCAUACCUAUGGAUCUGUGAAGAGAUAUAAGAGGGGCUAGAAUUAGUCAAUGCUUUAUAGGUAUGGGUUGGCAUUUUGAAUUGACUCCUAUAGGAUACAGGAAGCCAAUGUAAGUACUGACAAAUGGGUGAGGUGUGAGAGGACCGACUAUGGAGGAAAAUCAGUCUGGCGGCAGCAUGCUUGCAAGGAUGGACUGAUGUGAAUACCACUGACAUGAAGGGAGAGCAAAAGAAGAGGAUCAGUAUUAGGAGGAGGAAAGACAAGGAGUUCAGUUUUUAGAGAGAUUUUGUUUUAGAAAGCGGGAGUACAUCCAAUCAGAGAUGGAGGAAAGGCAAGCAGUGACACAUUGCAGGACAGCAGGGGAGAGGCCUGGAGAGGAGAGAUAUAGCUGGUUGUCAUCAGUGUACAGGUGGUAGUGGAAUCCAAAUGAGGCAAUAAGCUUGCCAAGAGACACAGUAUAAAGAGAAAAUAGAAGGGGACCAAGGACAGAGCCUUGGGGGACUCCAACAGAGACAGGAUGAAUAGAGGAGGUAUCAUUAGAAAAGGAGACAAUGAAUGAGUGUUGGGAGAGAUAUCAGGAAAACAAAGAGAGGACAGUGUCACAGAGACCAAGUGAUUGAAGAGUUUGAAGAAGGAGAGCAAGAUCAACGAUGUCACAGGCAGCAGAGAGGUCAAGGUAUAAGGAAUAAUUCUAACCAAAGUAUCGGCUCCAUAACAUUUUGCAUCACCCUGUUUGCAAAUGGAAGCAAAAUAAAUGCUGCAAUUGAAGUCAGAGUAGUCAAUUUUAUAGAUGUUCUUCUCAGUAGAGUUUAAUAUUAUCAUAAGCAUUUAUAUAUCACCAUAUAACCAACAUAUUCUAAGGUACUUUACAAUGAUAGAAAUGUGAUUUAAAGAAAAUCUAGCUAAAACAAGCUUGCAAUCUAUGAGGAUUUGAGGUAGGUAUCUCAAUAAAUGUCUUGCCCAGUUACACUUACUGGUGGAAUGGUUUGACUGGGAUUGUGAACUUGUGUUUCCAUGUUAAAGGCAGUGAUGUUACAACUGUUCCAACCUGCUGAAAGCUUGUCAGAAGUGGGAUAUCAAGAUUCUGGUUAAGACAUUGUUCUUGAGUCUGGUAUCUCGCUCAGUCAUCACAAUGGUAUGAAAAAUAUAUGUCAAGAGUUAUAACCCAAGUAUUUUCUUACAGGAAUUUCCAUGUUUGGAAUGAAUCCUGGUUCAAACGCAAAGAUCUAGGACCCUCUUAUGAUGGUUGGCAAAUUAUGGACUCAACUCCACUGGAAAAGAGCAAUGGUAUGUGUUUGUUUAUUUUUUGAACCUUUUAGUGGAAUGCAAAGUUCCAACGAUCUUGGUUAUCAUGGAGCAUAGUCUUAUUUAACCAUAAUCAGAAAUUAUUACACUAUAUACUACUACACAACUACACUACCUCAUACUACUCAAUGACCUUCAAUGCCAUGUAAAGACAAAGGAAAUGAGCAGUUGAUCCAUGUACUCAUCUACUCAUGUAAGCUAUUGACACAAUCUUGUUUCAAGCAUCAUAAAAAUGACACGAUGGACAAGUGACCAGUGUGAAUAAACCUUGGAGGUUUGGAAUGGUGCAUCUUAACCAGAAAAGUAUGCUGCUCAGUUAACCUUCCAAGACAAUAACACAUUACAAAAUGUAUUAGUACAUUGUGCUUCCUGAGCCAUCAGAUAGAGAAAAUUAAAAGUGUGUCUCUUUAACCUCUACUAUCUUUUUUUCACCUUCUUUAAUCACAUUCUGUUUUUGUUCCCUUUAGGUAUCUAUUGUUGUGGCCCUGCUCCCCUUCAUGCUAUUAAAGAAGGAGAAACCAAUCUGAACUAUGAUGUUGCGUUUAUGUUUGCUUCUGUAAAUGCUGAUCUUGCUUAUUGGAUUACCUACAGUGAUGGAUCUAAGAAAAGAACUUCUAAUGACACCAAGUCAAUUGGCAAAUUUCUUAGUACAAAGGCUGUUGGAAGUGAUGAUCGUGUGGAUGUAACCUACAUGUAUAAAUACCUUGAAGGUAACUUUACUGUACUGUUAUUGUUUUUUGGCUGCUGAGGGGUCAUUGUUGAUUGAGCUGAAGAUAGGUUCUGAACAUUCAAAAAAGAUUAUUAAACAAAGACUAUAAAGAGAUUAUAAACUACUAUUUUUUUCUAUUAAAACAUCUGUCUACUGAAUACAUGUGCAUGGAUCUUGACACCCAGGACAUGUGCGCAAGUAGUGGGGAUUUGUGUAGUGCUCCUAUGUAAACCUUUAUAUUCCCAAUAAAACAACAUUAAAUUUAACUGGUGAAAAUAGUUCACAGCUUUUAUUAAAAUUAUUCCACUAAACAAUAUACCAUACUUGUCCUCCCUCUUCGUUCCAACCAACACUGGACACAAACCUGGCCUUCCACUAACACAAUGCUAACCACUAGCAGGCCUUUCUCUCAGUGGGAACGUCCGUAACAACCCAUACCUUAAUUUCACCUUAAUUUCACUGUGGCUAGAGGAGGGAUCAGCCCCAAUUUCCUUCACUCUCCUUGGACUCCCCAGUCUAACCCACAAUUGGCAAGGACAACCACCCGCCUGCUGUUACAAAAUGCAAGUGAAAGCAAUACAGAACAACAAACAUAAAAUAAAGGACAGAAAUCAAGGGAGGGAGGGGAACAAUUCCUAGUUCGAUUAUAAAAUGGCAGGGGAUAGAAAAUGGCCCCUAUUUACAUUCCCCUACCUUGCUAAUUGAUCAAUCCUAACCACACCCAGCCCCACCCUGUCACUCUCUCCUACACCACCCCCACACUCACACAUGCCCAUUGAUCUGGCUAGCUCUUCCUGCCUCCUCAGGUUCUAAGGAGCAAGAGCUAGUCCUUCCUUUUUAUACCUUUAAUUUGGGUUCACCUAUUCUCUAUUUUCCCUUUACAAAUGUACCCUUUACACUUUACAAAUGAAUUGCAUAUUAUGUUAUUAGUUGCCUUUGUUAUCUGCUUUAUUUCAAAGAGAGUGGGUAAAAAUCAAGAACAAAAAUAUUUUUUUACUGUGUUAUCAAUUUUAUUCUAAUAUUUGAAAUAUUUUUCUACUGAGUCUCCUUAAAAUAAUAAAAAAUGUAGGUGUUGUUGAAGAGUGUUUUAUAAGUGGAAUAUCUCAUAGCACAUAUCUUUUAUCAGGCACCAAAGAAGAAAGAGAAGUAUUUGAGAAGGCAGUUUACAGGUUGCACGAUGGUCCAUUGGAUGAGCUUGAAAAGGACCUUCUACAUUUUAGAAACAGAGGUAGAGAUAUGCAGAGGCGUGGAGGCACACUGUUUGGACGUUUGACAGUAAUGGAUACUGCUGUUGGCCAGGAUAUAAACCUUAUAUUGAGUCUGAAAAACCUGAGAGAUAACAGUGCUAGAGUAACAGUCAACAUGACCGCUUCCUGUAUUUUGUACACUGGAAGGCCUAGAUAUAACAUCUGGACAGAUGCAAAAUCGGUUCUCUUGGGUCCUCUACAAGGUAAAUAAUAUUCUUUCUUAUGGGCAAACACAUUUGUGUGCUUUUGAAUGGCCUAACUUACUGAAGAAACCCCUUGCAGAAAUUAAAAAUAGUUUACCUCUUGUGAAUGUGAGCUUCAAAACCUCUGCUUGGAUAUAUACAAGAGAUAGCAAUUAUCACCUAAAUCCUAGAAUUUAACCAAUAAUUUUUUUUUCCACCCACCUUUCCUAAAUCAUUGAAGGUUUAGAAAAGUCAUCUGAUGCAAUGUGAAGUGAUGAUGAUGUAUAUAAAGGUUGGGCCAAAAUUUAGAGUAGGGUUUGAGGAGUCAAAAACUUUUUUAUUAAUGAACCAAUGUCAAUUUUAUUACAUACAAUUUAUGCUUAGAGUAUGGAUAUUUGUUGGUACUGUAGAUUGCUUUCUUUAAAUGAGCUCCAUGUGCCUCUUCACAAAGUCGACUCCUUCGAUUGCAUUGUUCAUAACAAUAGUUAAUGUUUAACCCAUUCCUGACUGCGGAUGUAUCAGGUACGUCCGACAAAACACCGUACCUGAUAUGUCUGCAGCGAAUUAGAGCGCCGGAAGGGAGCAUGAUCGCUUCCAGAUGCUCUGAUGGUAUUGCAGCGAUGCCUCAAUGUCGAGGCAUCCUGCAAUACCCCUCCUGACUGACAGGCCACCGGGUGAUCACUUCCGUGGUGCCCGGCAGUGACGCAGAGCAUUGAAAGCCAUCAGGGGUCAAGGAACUGAAUGAAGAUAAAUGAAAAAAAAUAAUAAUAAUUAAUUUGAAAAAAUGUACUCCCCUCUCUGCAAAUUAGGAUUCCCAGGGGCUGUGUGAUCGCUCUGAAAGAGCUGUCACAUGGCCGCAAUAGGUGUCUAUAGUACUGCCAGCUGAACAGACAGACAGUCCCCCUGCUGGUGAAAAAAGAUAAAAUAAAAAAGUAAAGUUAAUAGAUGUAAAAAAUUAUAUAUAUAUAUAUAUAUAUAUAUAUAUGUAUAUAUGAUAUAUAUAUAUAUUUAUAUAUAUAUAUAUAUACAUAUAUUAUAUCUACGAAUAAUAUGUAUAUAUAUAUAUAUAUAACAUCAUACUAUGUGUAUUUUGUUAUUAAUAUAUACAUAUAUUAAUAUAAAAAUACACCUUUACUAAUAUUACACAUGUGUAUAUAUAUUUAUAUAUAUUUAUAUAUCAUAUAUAAUAAAUAUAUAUAUAUAUAUAUAUAUAAAUAUAUAUAUAUAUAUAUAUAUACAAAAUACCCCUGCACUCCAACUAGAGAAAUAAAAAUAGUACCUGGUGCUCUGGUGGCUUAAUCAUAAACAAAGUGAAAAUACCGGCACUCAAGGUUUUCCAGAAGAUAACUUCUCCAUUUAUUGCAGAAGAAAAAUUUAAAAAAAAUUUCUUCCGCAAUAAAUGGGGAAGUUAUCUUCUGGAAAACCUUGAGUGCCGGUAUUUUCACUUUGUUUAUAUAUAUAUAUAUAUAUAUAUAUAUAUAUAUAUAUAUAUAUAUAUGUGUAUAUAUAUAUAUAUAUAUAUAUAUAUAUAUAUAUAUAUUGUGUAUAUAUUAUCAUAAAAAAAUAAUUAAUUAAUUUUACAAAAAUUAAAAAAUGUAUUUAAAAAAAAAUUAUAUAUAUAUAUAUGUAAUUUUAUUCUAACUGUAUUUAUAUAUAUACAUGUAUAUAUGAAUAAAUACACGUAUAUAUAAAUAAAUAAAUAAAUAAAUAAAAAUAACAUGAAAUAUUCACAUAGACUUUAAAUAUAUAAAUAUGUAUAUAUAUAUAUAUAUAUAUAUAUAUAUAUAUAUUUAAAUUCUAUGAGCAUAUUUAUGUCAUAUUUUUACAUAAUUAAGUAAUUUUAUUGAUUGCAAUUGGGGGGACCUGCCUGACAACCCAAGCCGAAAGUCCAGAGAAUUUCAUUUGCUAGCACUAUAUUUAACCUGUAACUUUCCCUAAGACACCCUAAAACCUGUACAUGGGGGGUACUUUUUUACUCUGUAGACUUCGCUGAACACAAAUAUUAGUGUUUCAAAACAGUAAAAAAUAUCACAGUGAUGAUAUUGUCAGUGAAAGUGAUGUUUUUUGCAUUUUUCACACACAAAUGGCACUUUCACUGAUGAUAUCAUUAUUGUAAUACAUUUUAUUGUUUUGAAACACUAAUAUUUAUGUUCAGCGAAGUCUCCCGAGUAUAACAGUAACAGUUUUUUGCAUUUUUAACACAAACAAAUAUAAAUGCUUACUUUGGCCAGUGUUUGUGACUAAGUGACUACUAAAAAAGACUGGACAUAACCCAUAUUGAACACCAUGGGUUGUCUACUUUUCAAAAAUAUAUGGUUUGAUGGGGGUAAAUUACCUUGGCUGGCUUCAAAGAUGUCCCAAAUAGGACAUGGGUGCAUGAUGACCAGCUGUGAAAAUUCCACGUUGAAAAACUGGAAUGCGCACCCUCAAAAUAAGGUCUUUUAGCCCCCAUAGAACCCGACACACCUAUUCAUGGAUGUAUUCAGAAGAUGUUGCUGAACACAUAUUGGGGUGUGCUUUGGCAGUAACCCUUAAAGUUGUUGGUUCUUAAAUUGCUAUGUGUGUCAAAUAAAUCACCAAUUAUUAUUUUUUGUUUUUUACAUUUGGCAUAGAUUGGUGGUAAAAUGGUUGCAUGGAAAGAGUCAAAAUAUACCAAGUUUUAUAUCUUAGGUUGUCUUCUUUUAAAAAAUAUAUACAUGUGAAGGGUUAUUCAGGGAUUCCUGACAGAUAUCAGUGUUAAUAUGUAACCUGCCUUAAUUAAAAAAUAAAUAAAAAAAAAUGGUUUGAAAAUAGCAAAGUGCUACUUGUAUUUGUAGCCCUAUAACUUUAAAAAGAAAAGCAAAAAAGUGUGUUUUUUUUAAUUUUGUCAUCAUAUUUUAUAAUUUUGUUAUAGUAAAUUAUGAUAUGAUGAAAAUAAUGGUAUCUUUAGAAAGACCAUUUAUUGGCGAGAAGAACGGCAUAUAAUAAGCAUGGGUACAGUAAAUGAGUAAGAGGAAAAUUACAGCUAAACACAAACACCGCAGAAAUGUAAAAAGAGCCCUGGUCCUUAACGGUAAGAAAAUUGAAAAGUGGUCUGGUCACUAAGGGGUUAAGGCUCUUGUGCUUGAAUUUCUGCACAGUAAAUCAUACACAUUAUUAAUACUUGAUAUUUAGAAAAAUGUUUUUAUUCAAUAUGCUCCCACUUACCUUGGAUAUAAAUAUAUCUAAGAAUGGAAUGUAUUUGUCUUUAGCUGGUUAUUUACAAUUUGCACUGUACUUUCAUAUUUAUAAUGUAAUAAUAUUUUAAUUUAUUCAUUUUUUGAAAUCAUAAAAACAAGAAGUACAUAUUUCAAUCCCAAUAACAUAUGCACAGUAUGGGAAGUAUUUGAAAGACGACAGCGUUUUCCGUAUGACAGCUUUAUGUGAGGUGGAUGGAUCAGAAGAAAUAAUUUUGGUGGAGAGAGAUGUCAUUUUAGAAAAGCUGCCAAUGAGUAUCAAGGUAUGAAAGGAACACCAUUAUGUAUCCUCUCUUAUACUUACAUAUUGUAAAAAUAAAAACACAACUGUAUGGUACUGGGCUUCUCAACCUCUGCAACUUUGUUCCAGUGUUAAUUUUGUCGACUAUCAAUUGUAGUCAAAUUUUAGUGCACUAACAUUUUUGAGAUUUAGUCGACUAAACCUAGACUAAAACUAAAACCAUUCAGGUUACUAAAAUAUGACUAAAACUAAAAUGGCAAAAUUGAAAUUUGCUGCCAAAAUUAACAUUGCCCAGAGAGAAUGUGUAAGGGGCAAAAGAGACAGACCAGUGCUUGGGAGAGAGACACCUAGAUGGAAGGACACAAAUAGACAGAGAGGGGUUGGGAAUGGGGCAAAAGAGACAGAUAGAGGCUUUAACUAAACCCAUUAGAUUUUAGGCGUGGAUAGAAUUGCCGUGGUGGGCACAAAAUGCGUCAGAUUGAUUCACUCCUUCCCAAUGUAAGCCUUUACCACAAUGUUUUUUUAAUAAAGGUUCUAGUUUUUUUUUAUUUCUUGGAUUGAUUCACCUUUUUUUCUCCUGUGGAGAAAUCUGGUAUUAUUAUUUAAAAUGUACAGACCACUCACUUUCACGACGUGUGGUGCGGUACCGGUUGUUCAGGUUUAGUUGUUUUGGGUCUAACUUAAAAUCUACUUCCCUUCAACGUCCUCUUGAACCCUUUAGUUGCUAACAUUCCAUGCUCCUAAUUUAUCUCUGAUCCUAAAGAGUACCUCAACGUUUACUCCCCACAUUUUUUUUACUGCCUUACUUUCCAAUUUUUCCUUUGUUUUAAAUAGCUAUCCAGGAGUUAUCAGUUCACCUUUUCACAUAUCUGAUUAUGCUGUUGAUUCAAAAUGAGGUUGAACCAGCUAUAAAACACUCUCCAAUGCCAAUAAAAAUGUAUCCUUAGGUCAACAACACUUUGCCAUGCUUUUUAACUAUAAAUAUCUUAAAUAUUAUAUUUUUCCAAAAGUACAUCUAGACCUAGUGGACCAUGUAGUCUUAAAUGUUAGCCCUGCUUUUAAGAGUCCAAGACCUAAUGGUCUCACUGACCUAUGAAACAAACUCUUUAUUGACAACUUACUUCAUAGCUAACCUUUUUUUCCUAAUCCCCAUCAGUCAUUUUUUAAGAAGAUAUGGAGUUGAACCUUUGUAGUAGCUAUAGACUUUCAGAGCCUUUACCGUAGCCUUGGGAUCCUGUUAGUUAGAGAGGUAGACUAGACAAGCAUCAUUUGGCUUAAUUUGGAGCAAUCAGACUUAUCCGGUCCAGUUCAACUGUUUUGAUGCUUCCAAAUACAGAACAUUGGCGCUGUAAAAAUCCUCAACUCAUUCUUUCAUAAACAGAUUCAGAAAAAAACAGACAACAAAGUAGAAAGUACAGAAGCAGUAGAGAGUUGAGUAGACAUACUGCAAGAGACCAUAAACGUAUCAACUGUAAAGAUGGGGGUAAAGAAUUUUCUUUGGUUCCCCUUCACCUCUUUGUUGUAUAGAGAAUAGAGAUUGUUUAAAAAAGAGGAGUAGACACUGCAAGAGAGCGAGACAGUGAGUAAAAGGCUGUAAAGAAUGAGAGACUAGAAAGACAAGAAUGGUGGACAAAUAUCAAAAUGGAUGAUUACCUAGGCCAAUGGAAAUUUCUGAACCAUUUCUGUCUAUAUCUCUAGCUAUUGGCACAAUUUACCAAGUCCAAAAAAUAAGGGUUCUAAUGCAAUUUAACAGAGUAUCUCUGAAGCGUUACCAUUAGUUUCUUUACCCCUUAAGGACCAAACUUCUGGAAUAAAAGGGAAUCAUGACAUGUCACACAUGUCAUGUGUCCUUAAGGGGUUAAACAAAUCAUAGUUGUUUGACAGAUUGCAAAGGAUGGUUUCAAAUAGGCAAACAACAUUUCAGUUCUUUGAUCUGCUAAGAAAGGACAUUUUCUGGAAAGGAACCAACAUGGACAAUAAAGAAAAUGCCAAAUACGUACUCUUUUUUUUUUCACAGCUCCCUGUUCAAGCUGUUAUAAAUUCAACAAUCCUUGCAGAAGUUGAAAUCUCAAACACAUUUUCGGAAACACUGAAUUCUUGCUCAUUUAUAUUGGAAGGAAAUGGCCUGGUUAACGCACCGACCCAGAAAAAGUAUGUCUACUGUAUUUCCUUUUAAUCCUGGUGAAAUAGUUAAGAUUUAGACAUUUUAAAAGAUUUGGGGGAAGAUUUAUCAAAGCAAUUAAGCAUUAUUUUGGGUGCAAAGUGCUAAAGGUUGUGAGACAUUCAAUUGAUUUCCAUGGUGAUUGCUUCAUAUUUAGAGUUUUGCCCAUGGCUUGAAGAAGUGUAAGUAUAGGGGAUGAUUCCCCCAGAUAAUCUAGUAGGGGGGAUAAAGGUGGUAAGAUCCUUCUCAGUCAUGAUUCAUGGUUUACUAUUUAAGAAAAAAAUAUAUUUUAAAGGAGUUAGUUAUCUUCUCCAUUACAUUUAGACAAGACAAUGUCUCCCUCAUUAUAGAAUUAAAAAUUAUGUAAUAUUUUACCUUUCGAUGCAUGCUUCCUAGGGGGUGAUUUUUUGGACCUCAAUUUAAUAAGCUUUCCAAAUGAUUCAAUACUGUUAGAAAAACAUUCCAAAUAUUUUAUCUACAGAAGUCACAAUUAAAGUCUAUGCGAUUGCUUGUAGAUAAAUCAUUUAGAUAGUUUUUCUAACAGUAUUAAACCAUUUGGAAGGCUUAUUAUAUCAAGGCCAUGGUAUUAAAUUGCAUAGUAUUAAAGGCUGUCUUCUCUGAAUUUCUUUUGUCCCCAGAAUAGCAUGUUUUUGGCCUGAUAAAUCUACCCUUUUGUGAAUCCUAUUCAGAGCAACAUGUCGAAAGAGAUGGAUUAAUGUAAAACAGGGGCUAUUAUGGGUGGAAAUGUUGAGAUAUAUUAUUUUAUUUUCCAUGGUUAUUAUUUACCUUUUUUGCCCCAAAAUAGCACUUGUUUUUUCUUUGGUAACCUUCAUAAAUAGUUUGUUACUUCCAAAAACAGGGGUGAUAAAUUGUUAGCGAAUUGGAGAUCUACUACUGGCCACCACUGUUGAUUGAUCUACUGAAAUUCAAAAACAUUGCAUGAGUGUUGUUAGGCAAGAAAUGCAGUUUGUACCAAAAUGUUUAUUGUGUCUCAUUCUAUUCAAAAUAUAGGGAAAAGUAGAAAUUUAAUAGUUUAGUCCCAAUGUUUAAGUUAUUUCAUAGUAUGAUAACAUAAUAAAGUAGCCUACACUUGUUCCUGUCUGGUAAAUCAGGACAAUAGAUCCAAGUACCAGAAAUGACCACUGGAUAUCAGGCUACAGAUUAUUGAUUUCAAAAGACCAAAGAAAUGCCAAUGGAUUUAGCUUCAUUGGUUGUCAGUUCUUCCAUAAAAAGGGGCACAACUUGAUUCUGGUACUUGAUCAGAAGGUAGAAAUACGUAUCUUCUUUGGUUUGUGACAGAUUUUUUAGAACAUGCCUUGUGUUCCAAUAAAUAUGAUAAACAAUACAUUCUGAUAGUGAUAUAUGCACUUCUAUGCUAUUUUAUCUAAUCUGCUCCUAAGAUAUAACAGACAAUGGAUACCAUUUUUAUGUUUAUUUACUUCUCCUACCCUUAUUUAUUGAAACAAUGAACAGAUAAAAUAGAGAAAAUGUAAUAAAUUUAUAUUAUGUAGCUCUUUGAAAAAACGUUCCCUUUAGUACAACAUACACAAAAUUCUUGUUUUGUCCUAAUUUAUUUUAUUAACCCCUUAACGACCGAGGACGGUUCAGGACCGUCAUCGGCAUUUUUCCAUUGCCGACCGGUGACGGUCCUGAACCGUCCUAACGGUCUUAUGUACUUAUGUACUUACCCGAUCGCCGUUGUUCCCCUGGGGGUGAUCGGUGGUGCUCCCGGUGUGGGGAGACUGCCUGUAGCCCAGACAGUCUCCCCAUGGCGGAUUAGGACCCCUGUGGCCAUGUGAUCGCUCAACAGAGCAGUCACAUGGUCACAAUAGGUGUCCAUGUGUCUGCCUGCAGGGGGACUGUCUGUGCUGACAGGUAGUCUCCCUGCUAGUGUAAAAUCAUUAAAAAAAUGAAAGUUAAAGUUAAUAAAUAUAAUAUCUGUCUAUAUAUCAUAUAUAUAGUGUCAUACUAAGUGUAUUUUUACAUUAAUAUGUAUAUAUAUUAAUUUAAAAAUACACUUAUAAUUAAAUUACACACAUAUAUAUAUAAUAACUAUAUAUAUUGUAUAUAUACAAAUAAUAAGUAGAUUAAAUUAAAUAAAAAACUUAAAAAUAAUAAUAAAAAUUAAAAAAAUAUAUAUCUAUAUGAAAUUUUAUUCUAACUGUAUUUUGAUAUUAAAAUAUAUGUAUUUAUAUCAAAAUACACUUAGAAUGAAAUUGUACAUAUAUCUAUGUAUAUAUAAAUAAAUAAAAAUAAUAUGAAAUAUACAUAUGUCCAUAUACAAAAUUACAUAAAUAAUUAUAUAAAUAUACACGUAGACUUCAAAUAUAUAAAUAUGCAUAUAUAUAUAGCAAAAUCUAACUAGGUUAUGGUGGGGAAAAAUUGUGAUUGAAAACCCCUUCCACCUGAAGUAUGUGGAUAGUUAAUACAAUGCUAAACAAAAAUCUGCACACCAGUCAAGCCAUAAGACUUGCUUUUCCCACAGAAAUCCCAAAUCAGCAGUGAUGUUACAACCGCAAAGGAUUCUGGGUGGGCAUAUGCAAAUUAGUUUAACAAAGAAUCACAUUUUUGCCUCAUUCCAUUUUAAACAUGGAUUCCUUUUAAUUUGUGUUUGCAGUAUACAACUGCUUGGAACACAAUUUUUCCCCACCAUAACCUAGUUAGAUUUUGCUUCCCAAGCACUACCAAGCCUCAAUUAGCAAACCAGUAACCAACCUCAUGCUGAAGAGUUGCAUUAACAACGAAACAGCUGUCCAUGAGUGGUUCACUGGUUUUGCAUCUUAUCCUAAAUUGUGUUCCAAGCAGUUGUAUACUGCAAACACAAAUUAAAAGGAAUCCAUGUUUAAAAUGGAAUGAGGCAAAAAUGUGAUUCUUUGUUAAACUAAUUUGCAUAUGCCCACCCAGAAUCCUUUGCGGUUGUAACAUCACUGCUGAUUUGGGAUUUCUGUGGGAAAAGCAAGUCUUAUGGCUUGACUGGUGUGCAGAUUUUUGUUUAGCAUUGUAUUAACUAUCCACAUAUAUAUAUAUAUAUAUAUAUAUAUAUAUAUAUAUAUUUAAAUUCUGUGUGCGUAUUUAUGUAAUAUUUUUACAUAAUUAAGUAAUUUUAUUCAUUGCAAUUUGAGGGACCUGCCUGCCAUCCCAGGCCGAAAGUCCAGAGAAUUUAAUUUGCUAGCACUGUAUUUUACCCUGUAACUUUCUAUGACACCCUAAAACCUGUACAUGGGGGGUACCGUUUUACUCGGGAGACUUCGCUGAACACAAAUAUUAGUGAUUCAAAACAGUAAAACAUAUCACAGCGAUGAUAUUGUCAGUGAAAGUGAUUUUUUUUUCCAUUUUUCACACACAAACAGCACUUUUACUGAUGAUAUAAUUGUUGUGAUAUGUUUUCCUGUUUUGAAAAACUAAUAUUUGUGUUCAGCAAAGUCUCCCGAGUAUAACAGUACCCCCCAUGUACAGAUUUUAUAGCGUUUUUUUAAAGUUACAGAGUCAAAUAUAUGGGUCAAAUAUUUUUACAUUGAAAAUGGCCAGGUUGGUUACGUUGCCUUUGAGAGUGUAUGGAAUGAGAAUUACCCCCAUGAUGGCAUACCAUUUGCAAUAGAAGACAACCCAAGGUAUUGCAAAUGGGGCAUGUCCAGUCUUUUUUAGUAGCCACUUAGUCACAAACACUGGCCAAAAUUAGCAUUCAAUUUAGUUUUUUACUUUUUUCACACACAAACAAAUAUGAAUGCUAAUUUUGCCCAGUGUUUGCGAGUAGGUGGCUACUAAAAAAAACUGGACAUACCCCAUAUUGAAUAACCUGGGUUGUCUACUUUAGAAAAAAUAUGUACAUGUGGGGUGUUAUUCAGAGAUUUAUGACAGAUAAUCGUGUUACAAUGUCACUAUUGAUAAAUUUGAAAAAAUGUAUGUUUUGAAACCGCAAUAUCCUACUUGUACCUAUAGCCCUAUAACUUGCAAAAAGUUAUUUUAAAACUCAGGACAAAAUUUUGAAUCUAUUUAGAAGUUUUUUUUAUUUGCUUUUGUAGAUGAGUAAAAGAUUUUUCAAGUAAAAGUCAAAAAACAUGUAUUUUUAAAAAAUUUUCAUCAUAUUUUUUUAUUUUUUUUUAAUUAAAUUACAUGAGAUUAUAUAAAUAAUUAUGUCCUGAAAAAAAACAAUGCAUAAUUUGUAUAGGAACAGUAAAUGAGAGAGCGGAAAAUUACAGCUAAACACAAACACCACAAAAGUGUAAAAAGAGGCCUGGUCGCAAAUGUACAACAUCGCAAAAACAGUCCAGUCCUUAAGGGGUUAAAAAUGGGCAGUAGUAAAAUGAUUAGCAUAGCCCAUUCUAGUUAAAUAUUUUUUGAAAAUUGUCAUAGUCAAAGACAUGGAGAACCAAUUGCUAUUUUAGACUUAUCAUUAUGAAAAAAGUUACACAGUGGACAGGAGUUUGACAAGACCUUUAAUUGAUGUUAAAUAGCUUUGCUGGGAUUUUUAUUUUUGGAGUUGUGUAGUGUUUUAUGACGCUGGUUAUUCCUAGUUUACAACAACAGGAAAUCUAUAAUAAAAACUUUGCUAGUUUUAUAGGAGAUUUGCAGAUUCACUAGGCUUUAAGAAAUGAAUCACUCCCAUUUUUUAUUUAUUGUGAAUUUUGUCAACUAUAAUUAGUUUGGAGGCAUUUAAAAUAAUGUAAGACUUUACAAGUUGGCAACUUUAAUAAUAAUAAUUGAACUGAUGAUUAGAGUGGCUCACAACAAGGAUUCAGACUCAUUUUGUAAAGAGAAUCAAACAAUAAAACAGUUCUUUGAAUUCAUGUAAUUGUUUAAUAGGCCACAAUGUAAGUUAUGAAUGUGUUAUUUUCAUAUCUACUUAAAUCUACCUGGGUUGAGUAUAAAAUUAAUAAAUCAGUACAGUAAUCAUUAAUUUAUACCCUUUAAAAUGUAUGACACAAACAUGGGACAGCCUUGCAUUUUUUAAUAUACAUGUUUAUACUUAGCUAGCCAUCAUAUGGAUAUAUCUCCAUGCACGUAAAGUCUGUAUCUGCUAUGGUAAUUCACAAAAAACAGGAUAGUAAACAGGCUUUCAAUAUAAUCAGACAGUAUCUAAGUGAAAAAACAAUGCAGCUUAAAUAAAAUGUAAAAAAUAUCAGAGCCAAGUAAAAUAAAAUGAAGACAAGAUAUAAUUAACAUAAAGAAUUAGAAUAGAAAUAUGUUUUAUAAUGAAUACUUUCCUUUUCUCAGAAUAGAAUACAAUCUAUUGUAAUACUAUGGCUGUUAAAGGAAUACACCAAGUCAAAUAGCAACUACUGUGCACUGUAAUGGGGAUGGUGCCUGGCGUGACCUGCUACGCCUCCCCAAAUUUAAAUUGUCAAUCCAUUUUCUAAAUAGCACGACGACUUACCUGGGGUCUGCCGUGCAAUGGUUACCUCUUCUUUUGAGAGUUGAAAGCUCUAAGCUAAGACCUGCCAUGAAGGAGCAAAUACAUUAGUUGAGCGUGAGUGACAGCUAGCACCAAUGCAGGAGGUUACGGAAGGCCGGCAUACCCCAGGAAAGUAGUCAAACCAUUUGCAAACAGUUUGAUUACUUACAUUAGGGAGGUGCCAAUGGACUCCAUGCACCAUAAUAAGUUCAGAGUGCUAUAGUAGUUAUUGUGCUUGGAGUGUUCCUUUAAAGGCAAAUGUUCCUUACUGAAUAGCACAGUUUAGGAAUAAAAUAACAAAACAGAAAAUAUGAAUUCAACCCAAAGAAGGUUUAGGGAAACAUGGCCUUCAAAGUAUCCUCAACCCCUUAAGGGCACAACUUCUAGAAUAAAAGGGAAUCAUGACGUAAUAUUUCCAUCAUGUGUCCUUAAGGGGUUAAUAGGUGUGUAGCCCUCUCCCUGAUGAAGUGAACCUUUAAUUAUGAUUUGCAUAAGGCAGGACUUUAUGUCUAACUGAUACUAUUUACAUUAUUGCCUAUAAAGCGUCUCCAGUGAAUGCCCAACAUACGGUCACAAGAGAAUCAACUUCCUUAUGACCUUUGGUUUUUGAAGGGUUUUUCGCUUUCAGUGUCAUCUCACACAGCAUGAGGACACCAAACAUGUCCAGUACUUCUUACAGAGAACGAGAAGCACAAGAUUAGUAGAGUGGUGGCAACUGCACCUAGGCUCAAUAUCCCCAUUGCUUCUCAAUGAGAAUCAUUGGAUUGGACAAAUGUCAUCAGAACUGAUGACUUAAUUAGAAAAUAGUCUGUCCUGGAACUGGAUAAAAGGUAAGUUUAAUGGCUUUUUCUAACUUUUUUUUUAAAGUAAAUUUAGUAAACUAAGAAACUCAAAACUCUUAUGUUUGGGUAUUUCUUUAUUUGCACUAUUAUAGCAUUAUUAACAUGUUGUGUACUCAUCUGUGAAGAUACUUAAUAUCCUUGUCUUCUAUUUUACUUUCUUUAUUUUUAUUUUUACUUGCAUCAGGGUCAAACACAGCCCUGACCAAUCAGAAUCUCCUCAUAGAGAUGCAUUGACUCAAUGCAUCUCUAUGAAGAAAGUUCAGUAUCUUCAUGCACAGGGUGGAGACAAUGAAUGGCAGCGUUGCAUAGUGUGCAGUACUGCCUCAGACUUUGAUUAUUCUGUUACAUGCUUUUUACUUUUACAAAGUUAACAUAUGUCACAACAGUCACCCUACAAUGCAAAGCAUCUUAUAUAUUCCAUAAAAUGUUUUUUAACCUUAUCACUCACAACAUCAGAACUUCUGGCUUCAUAUGUUACAAUGCAGCCUUUAUAAUGUGUGUUCCAUAUUAAAACACCAUUAUUCCCUGCUUUCCUCAAGAUUAUAUAAACUUCUUGAAGCAUGCUAUGCAAAAAAAAUGUCUCUGAGUAAAUAUAUCUCAUACUUCAAAAUACAUAUCUAAACCAUGUUGUACUAUAUUUCUCAUCAACAUUCCUUCAGAAAUGAGCACAUGGAGCUUGUAGGCCUAUCGUACAUUGUGCCUUCAAUUUUGAUGAAAAGUCUUCCGUCCCCCGGGCCACCACUGCUUAAUAUUACCAUGAAGGCACUUUGCACCAUUCAUGAGAGCUGUGACCAUCAAUUCUUCAUUGCACUAUAGCACCCAUAGUUUACAACAUUGAGGCUAACUAGGGUAGAUAGAUAAAACACAACCAGGGUGACCCAAGUUCACUAUAUUUCUUGCCCAUUAUUUGCAGCAGUAAUAUGUUCUCGAUACUCCUAGUAAAUCGACCCAUAGUUAGGUAAAGCAAACAUGUUUUAAAAUUGUAGUUGACCUUUAGAGGUGGAGCACACCAUAUUUACAACUGCAUGUUUUUUGGAAUCAACUGAUCUUUGUUUGUGGUUUUCCUUUUAGCCUUCCACCACUGAUGCCCGGAGAACGAUAUCAAACAAGUUUUGAGAUCACCCCUUUCAAAAGUGGAUUAAGAACACUUCUAGUCACCUUUACCUCUGAUUUAAUAAAGAAUGUGAAGGAAUCACAGAAAGUAAUGAUUACUGGCUCUAACUGAUGGAAUACAUACAGAGCAGAAUGCUUGUUCAUUUCAUGAGUCACUAUCGUUGAGAUUAACAAUAAACAUUUGAGAUUCUGUUCUGUCAAUAUUAAUAAACUAAUCAUUAUUUUGGACCAUGGUGAAAUGUGACACAGUGAGAUCCAGCUGUGUGUGUGUGUGUAAGGAAUCACCUGUGCGUCUGUGUUCUAUAGAAAUAUUUAAAUGGACCUGUAAUCCUCAUAUUUUUUGUCAUUAAAUGUCUAUAAACUGUAAACUUUUUGUGGUUUUGUUUUCCAAACAGAUUAAAAAAAAUAAAAAUUGUGUUUAUUCACAA